GUGGCCACCCAAGGCAAGUAUCAAUCAAGUGUCCCCAGGCCAGAAACCGGCCCUUUUGGAGGCAGAAAAAAAAAGGCAGUAAAAACGCUUAUUACCACUACACUUGGUACAAGCUAGCAGAAAAAUGAUCCGACGCUAAGGUUUAAAAUAUGCCUUUUGAAAUACCCUUGGAUGUCUUCUUUAAGAAAUGGAAUGCCUUUAUGGGGUAGUUGGAUUAUAUAGUCUGCUAAAAUACUCUAAAAUGGGACAUGGACACAGCAUAAAAAUUCAAAGUUUGAAAAAAACUGUAAUGACUGUGUCUCAAAUGUGCCCCUUCCAUGUCCACAUGUACCUGGCAAACGUACAUAUGGGGGUAUUGCUGUACUCAGACGACAUAGCUGUGCAACAUAUGUAGUAUUAUCCAGUUGUAGCACGCAUAAGGUUUGCAAAAUAUACUGUGCAAACUCAAUUUGUGUGUCAAAAAGGUAGACAAAAAAAGCUUAUUACCACUACACUUGGUACAAGCUAGCGGAAAAAUGAUCCCACGUUAAGGUUCAAAAUAUGUCUUUUGAAAUACCCUGGGAUGUCUUCUUUAAAAAAUGGUAUGCUUUUAUGGUGUAGUUGGAUUAUAUAGCCUGCUAAAAUACUCUAAAAUAGGACAUGGACACAGCAUAAAAAUUCAAAGUUUGAAAAAAAAACUGUAAUGACUGUGUCUCAAAUGUGCCCCUUCCAUGUCAACAUAUACCUGGCGAAGGUACAUAUGGGGGUAUUGCUGUACUCAGCCCACAUAGCUGAGCAAUAUAUAAGGUAUUAUACAGUCGUAGCAAAUAUACGAUUUGCAAAAUAUACUGUUCAAACUCACUUUGUGUGUCAAAAAGGCAGAAACAACGCUUAUUACCACUACAUUUGGUACAAGCUAGCCCACACUAAGGUUCAAAAUAUGACUUUUGAAAUACCCUGGGAUAUCUUAUUUAAGAAAUGGUAUGCCUUUAUGGUGUAGUUGUAAUAUGUAGCCUGCUCAAGUGUUCCAAAGUGGGACACGGACGCAUCAAAACCCUCCAUGAAAAUUCACACUUAAAAACCUGAACUUGUCACGUCUCUUUUACAGCACUGUAACUUCACAAAAUAGUGUCUAGAUCAUACAUUGGGCAUAUUGUAUUACUCAGAAGAUGUAACUGAGCAAAAUUUGGGGAUUUUUUUUAUUUUAAAUUCUUUAUUUUUCUUGUGCAUAUAAAGACAGUGAAACAUUUUGUCUUGCGAUGCCACAACAGCAUUAGCAAGCCGAUUAGGAACAUUGUAUUAGACAUGGCAUGCGAUUUGAUAGCACAUUUUUAUAUUAACAUCAUGUUCGAGCUGGAACGAUUAUUGCAAGAUAAGAUAUUCAAGUUUAAACUAAAGGGUCGAUUAGGGUACGUUUAAGACAGGCACACAUUUGUUUAGUAAAGUAGCUUGGAUUUAAGUUGAUUAUGCGUGUUCUAUGAUUAAAGGUUGUGUGGUCAGUAUUAGUUAUUUUGAUGUGUGCAUCUGUGUGUAAGCGUUGGUAUAUUACAUGCUGGUGCGUCGCGAGGGUAAAUAAGGAGAGAUAUACAUGUACAGAAAAAAGAAGAAGUUAACUGUUAGUGUUAUAAUACAAAGAGUACCCAAGGUUUUUAAAGUGUUCCCUUACAGACACUCAAAUUACAAUAGGAAAAAGAAAAAACCAAACAGGCACAGGAUAAUGUGAAUCACCAAAGUGAUAAUAAAAAUAAAUUAAUACAAACUGGAUUAUGUUGAUAUACUCUGUUUCAGAGAUACAUCUAUAGAGAGAAAUAAAGAUAUAUAGUGUAAUAUUAUCAAAACCACACAGAGAAUGAGGGUGGUAGAAAACUCUCAAAAUUGAGAUGAAUUCAGGCAUAUCUCCCUCAAUAUUAGGGAACUAAAAAAUUGUAGAAGACCUCCAGCGAUGAUUCUGGAUAUAAAGUGUCUUCUGAUUCACUCCAAAUAAAAGGGAGAAAAAAUGAUAGUGCAGAUUGUAUAAAAAAAAAUAACAAUUUAUUACAUGUAUUGCACUUACAAUGUUUCAGAAUAAAAACAGCAUAUCUCCACACCAGCUGGUAUCCACGUGUUGCAGCGGAUCCAAUCACAAUACAGGAUAACAGGCAGCACUAGCAGCAAUCAAAUAAAAUAAAAGUUCACAUGAACAGUAGAGCAGUUCCAACACGUUUCGUCCUCUUCUGGACUUCCUCAGGGAUGUGUAGCUCUAAUUAGGUUGAGUAUCUACUUACAUAUCCACCAUCGAAUCAAUAGAUCGUUUGCCGGUGUUGGCGUGCGUUCCACCCUGGAACGCAUUCUAUUUCCGCAUGACGUCACUUCUGGUAUCGCGGACCAAAUGAAAAAGCAGUAUUUCCUAAUCAUUGCUGACAAUAACAGCUGGGAUGCUUUCAGUACAAGUUUACACGCUGAAUAAACUUUGUGACAAUAUAACAACAUUAUAUACUAGCAGCUGGGGUACCUCCAAUAACAAUAAGAACAACAAAUAAACUUAAUAACACUACAUAGAUGUACAUUAUAGGAAUUGAGCAUAGCAAUAUUAAAGAUUGAACAUUCAAAAUUGAAUGUACAUUAAAUAUACAUAAAUUAAAGAUUUAAAGAUUAAGCAUUCUAAUAUUGAAUAUAUAUUUUAAGUAUAUGAAUAUUAGUAUUUUAAAUAUACAGAUCUAUCGAUUUGUGUAUAUAAAUUUGAAGAAUUUAAAGAAUUUGAAAAAUUUAAAGAAUUUGAAAAUUUGAAGAAUUUGAAAAAUUGAAGAAAUUUAGCAAUUUGAAAAAACAAUUAAUUGUUAUGAUCAAUCCCUUUACAAAGAUAUGUGGUACAGCAUUAGAUACAUUAAACAAAUAUUUUUGUAUAUCCUUGUCCUUAUUUUCGAGUAUAAACUAAAGAAUAUUUCUGUAAUUGAAGUGGACAAAUAUGAGCAAAUAUAAAUUCUAUGUGAAAAUAAAAUAAAAUAUGAAAAAAUAUAUAAAAAAUAUGAAAAAAUAAAAUGAAAAAAUAUGAAAUAAAAUAUAUAUAUAUAAAAUAAAAUAAGAUAGAAUGAAAUAAAAUAAAUAGAAAAAUAAAGAUAAUAAUAAAAUAAAAAUAACUAUAAAUAUAAAUAAAAAAUGAAUAUAAGAAUUUAAAUAUAAAUUAAAAGUUUUAGAACACAGUGCAUCUAAACAUUGUACUCAUUGUCCACAAUUUCAAUGGAAUACAUUCAUAGCAAUUGGGAUAGAUAAAAUAGAAAAACAUUGGAGAGGAGGAAAUAUUGAAUCUUCGUUAAAUACUAAAGAAGCUCAACGGAUUUUUAAUUUAAAAACUUUAAAACUUGGUCUAAAUCAAGAAAUAGAUUUAGUUGGACUUAUUUGAGCUUCAAAUUUUCAAAUUCUUUAAAUUUUUCAAAUUCUUUAAAUUCUUCAAAUUCUUCAAAUAUUCAAAUUUAUAUAUACAAAUCGAUAGAUCUGUAUAUUUAAAAUACUAAUAUUCAUAUACUUAAAAUAUAUUCAAUAUUAGAAUGCUUAAUCUUUAAAUCUUUAAUUUAUGUAUAUUUAAUGUACAUUCAAUUUUGAAUGUUCAAUCUUUAAUAUUGCUAUGCUCAAUUCCCAUAAUGUACAUCUAUGUAGUGUUAUUAAGUUUAUUUGUUGUUAUUGUGUUAUUUGAGGUAUCCCAGCUGCUAGUAUAUAAUGUUAUGUUGUCACAAAGUUUAUUCAGUCUAUAAACUUGUACUGAAAGCAUCCUAGUUGUUAUUGCCGGCAAUGAUUAGGAAAUACUGCUUUUUCAUUUAUACUGCAGGUAUACAACAUUACUUUUUGAUUAGGGCAAGAUAGAGAAUAACCUGUAAGUUAGGUCUAGUUAGAUCAUUGUAGAGAAACUAGAGAGACUAGAGAAAGUGUCACCCUGGUUGAUCGGAGGUUACCGUGCUGCCUCAGUAGGAAGGAGUCGGCACCAUGGUGGGCUCAAGUAGCUGUGUGCGCGAGGUGGGAGCAGGUCUUUCCCUUGCUGUCUGUGCACAUGGCGCCCGCCAUUUUGGAUGCGGCGGUUGGGCUCUCCGACCUCGAUUGCGGUGUCGCGGACAGUGUGAGGACCAGGAACACCCCCACCGGUCCAUAGGGGGGGGAACGGAGCCGGGUCCGUGCUGGUUUGUACCUCUGGCUUGGUUCUGUGGUGCAGGACAGUGGGGCAGCGGCCGUCAGCCCCACUCACCGCCGGGGAAGGCCCUGGUGGGGGCAAUGUGGUUUUCUCCCCCAGGGGACAGAAGCUCGACGAGCCAGCCUCUCCCCGGUUCCAGCAGUCCCUUAGCGCUAGGUUCCUUCGCUGUCGGUCUGAUUGUGGGUGGCAAGACAUGUUUUUAGAAGGUAUUCUUUAGUGAGUUACAGGAGCUGCUCUGACUUGCGACCGUCCAGCUCGGCGGUCCGGCCCCGCCCCAUAAAUAUAUACUUUUGUGUUGCAAUUUUUUUUUCUGUGAUGGCUACUAAACCUACAAGCCAAACAUACCAACUUCUAAAAGUUUUGAAAAUAGAAAUUUCAUUGAAGUCCUUGUAUUUUGUGACCUGUAACUUUCACAAUAAGCUGAACAUAUGAUGUACUCCAUAAAUCAAGACACAUAAAUUAAUUUAUUUUGAAUUACUUUUUCUAAGCUGGACAUAUUAUGAACACGCUAUUAUUGCCAAAACUGCAAAAAAAAAAGAAUGUAUUUGUAGUUUUUCUUUCUUUUUUUGGGAAUUUUUUUUAUAAUUAAUGAGAAUGUAUCUACAUAUAUAUGAUAUCAAAUUAAAGCCCUGUUUGCCCUCUAAUAAACGAUAUAUAAUAUGUGUUGGUGCAAUAAAUGACAGAGAUGCAAAUUGCAUUUGAACACAAACAGCAAAAAAUGCAAAAAUGUCUUGUGUCCUUAAGCGUAUGACAAGCUUCUGAAGCUGUGUCCUUAACCCCUUAAGGACACAUGACAUGUGUGACAUGUCAUGAUUCCCUUUUAUUCCAGAAGUUUAGUCCUUAAGGGGGUUAAAAGAUUGGGCUUGUCACAUUCCAAAUAUAAUACAAAUGAGGCUUAAUUAUUAAGCUGUGGGUAAGUAUUAAUGUUUCUUUUGGAUAUGAUACUGGAACACAAGGGUCUUCAUGAAACUAAUGCCAUUACCAUAUUAAAGCAUUGAACUAUCAGUUGAAAGUUUCAGGCCAUAUGAUCAAAGUCAGUUAGUUUACAUUGAAACUAGAUAUACAGGCAGCUCAAGUGUAACAUAUUUCACCUCGCAGUGCCUUUGAUAGAUCAAAAGGGCAGUCCUUUUCACACCUUGCAGAAACCCCUUUUGAUCAAAAGAGCAAUUUCUCUCUGCCAUUUGUCCUCUACCCAAGUUAUAUUAAAGAGCAAUAUUCUAUAGUGCAACCAUGGAUUAUGUACAAAAGUUAUAAUAAAUAGCAAUAUUCUAUAGUGCAACCAUGAAUUAUGUACCCUUAUCUUUAAUCUCCUCACCAGCCCGAGAGGUCUUACAGCAAGUCUGGCUCUGCAUGGGCUGGCAGGGGAGAUGAAAGCAUCUCCCCUGCCGGCCUUGGUCCACAGCCAUCAAGGCCUACUGGGCAUUUUCAGCAGAACCCACCACCACCCUAACCCAUGACCCUAAAACAAAUCCAAACAUCUGGCUUGUGCAGAGUGUUACACCACUGCACCAGACCACGGCAGCAAGAAAUAAACCACAGGUAUUACUGUACCAAAGAAAUUAUGAAUAUAUCUAAUCAGCAAGAAAUGUCAGCCUUUUUUAGUUUCUGAUCAACUGGCAGCAAGUUAUUUUUCUGAAGUAAAAUCUUUCACCCUCCAGAUCCAGAUCAGGCUUCCAGUAAAAAACAGAAAUAGGCAACAAUCCCUAUCAGAAUCUGAUUUGUUAUUAGGACUCCAUCACAAAUUGAGUCUUUUUUUUUUUUCAGUGAGGUGGACUCAGAAUGUGAAUUCAGUUCUCAGUGCCUUAUGUGAAUCACCAAUUGACCCAGUUUCAGAGUGUUAUUUUUUCAUGCUCUCAAUGAAAGUAGCCUUCCUGGUAGCCAUCACGUCAGCCAAAAGGAUAAGGGAAAUUCUAUCAUCUUCCACCCUUUGUGAUUUUGAAUUAAACCAAUAUUUUGCCCCAAAGACAUUAGGAAUCCUCAAGAGAUUUAUCUUCCCAUGUUUUGCAAAGGCCACUCAUUGGAUGUUAAGAGAAUUUAGCAAUUUUAUUGGGAAAGAACAGGAUAUUUCAGAAAAUUGGAACACGUUUUGAUUACCUCCAGUGGUCCUAAUAAAGGAAAAGAAGCAUCUAAACAAACUUAGUAACAGUGGAUAACCACAGCCACUCAGCCAGCAUAUUUGGCAGCAGGUAAAACUCCAUAAAUUUGGAUUAAGGCUCAUUCCACUAGUGCCAUGGUGACUUAGUCGGCGGAUAUGCCACAUGCUUUUGAUAUUAUUGGUAAAGCAGCCGCGUGGGCCUUCUUGCAUAAUUUUUUCAAACAUUAUAGGCUAGACAAUUUGGCUUCUUUGGACUUUGCUGUAGGGUGAAAGGUGUUACAAGCAGCCGCUAUAAAGAAGCACUGUAGUGGACCUGGUCCUAUGUAAAUUUGGUUGCCCGUACUGCACUGUUCGUUCCCAGAAAUUGUACCCCCAUUUGUUUGUCGAACACUCUGUGUUCCCCUGGCUCCAUACCUCCCCUCUACCGAACGUAUCAUCUCCCUAGCAGAUGGCGGCCAUUUUGUCUCCUGAACAUUAACAGCGGUACUUAGCCCCAAACUUUGUGGAACUAGAUUUGGCCACUUGACCACGCGGUUCACAGUCUAUUGUCUCGCUGUUUUGCCCCACUUACAGACAUACCAUGAGAGUGCUGUGAUCCUUGUCUGCAGUUAGCACGGUCCUUUUGGGUACAAACAUGCACAGUCUUUAAAAGUAACUUAACUCCAAGCACUUUAUUUGGAAGUCCACACAGGAGACAACAGCAAAUGAAAACAUAAAUAUAACACAAAUCCCUAUAAACAAAAACCUAGCUCUGUCUGAGCACUAACUAACAUCAAGUUCCCUCUCUCUCAAGGGUUUAAACUAUAACAGAACAAAAAGUGGUUUCACCAACCUAGUGCCUUUUGUCAGCUCUCAGCACUCCAGUGUUUAAUCAGCCUGCUGCUUCCAGCCCUUCUAGAGAGAAACAAACAUUCUCCUCUACCUGCCUAGCAGGGAGGGGUUUAUUCCCACUGCUGCAGCUGAUUACCUGUAGCUGAGCAGUGGGUUGGAGACAGUCCAAAGCCUGGUCUGGACUUAGUCUCCCAAGAAAAAACAAUAAACAGUGGAGUGGAGCACUGGCCCACCCUGCUCUCCAAAUGCUCCACCCCAGGAGCCCAUAACUAAAUAUGCAUUGGGGUUAAAGAUCAUAUGCCUCUCUGAACAAUGCAGAUGAAAUAUAAACUCCCUCACAGACCACCCCAUUCACCUUAUUAAAACGCUAAUUGGAGAGAAGGUGGUAUGGAUAUGAGGAAUAAUCGCUCCCUUAGAGCCAGGGGGAGCACCUAUUUAUUUGACCACAGGAACUCUAGAUAUAUCACCGGCCAAGACCACUUUUUGUCUAAACUUCACCCAGGGGAAAUUGGACAAUUCCUUAUGGAUCCGCGCGCUUUUUGGACAACUUGGGUGCUCGAACAGGGAUGUAUGACGUGGGUUUUCUGUGUGUUUUACCGUAUUUUGGGGUGUUUUCUAUUUUUGUCUCUCUGAUAAUUUACUUACCGAUCCUUGACUCAAUUAUCUCCCAGACACAAACACUCCUGGGCAGGCUUACAAUGUAACUGUAUGGAGACCCUAUGAUGGGGGUCUGGCUAUAAAAGACCUUGCCUCUGAAUAAAAGUUGUUGUACUCCCAGAACUGUUUGUUGUCCAGUUAUUGUGAGGAAAAGAGCUUUUCACUAAUCAAAGCCUUGUUCCAGCUCGUGAAGGAUUCAACGGAGAAAGUCCUUGUAAGGACUAUAGCUCCACUACAAGCACCCUAUUUGUUAUUCUUAUUAUAUCCCUCCUGUACUGCUGCGAUACGACAGGGAAAAAAAUGAAAUUUUACUUACAAUAAAAAUUUUGUUCCUUGGUAGUAGUAGCAGUAGUCUAUUUCCUCUCCCUAUGUAUUCAUUAAAUUUACAUUUUUAUAUAUAGUGGUAUGUGUGAUUCUUUGGUUUUAUUGAAGAGGUCUGAUAAUAAACAAGGUUUUAUUAUGAAGGUGAUGUUCAGGGUUUACAUGAUAAUAAUUUUUAAUUAAGCAGUUUACCCAUUCAUGCAAGACUAUAACCCUUCUGUACUGAUGCUAAAACUCAGGAAAAAAAAAAGUCCAUGAUAAGUAACAUUUCUGUUUUGCAGUGCAAGGUUUCACGCCCCUUUCCCAGGAAGGUGGCUACCAAACAAUUGUUAGUCACCUACUUAGUGUGUUUACAGUUUAGGGGAGUCCAUAUCUCCUUAAGACAACAUAUCUCUCACACAAUACUCCUCAUUUGAAAGUGGGACAUACAUUUUCUCUUUCAAAUGAGGGACUUAUGCCAGGCUAAAAGAAUUGCAAUCACCUCUUUGCUACAAGACAUUUUUGGUGCUCAGCGCCCUGUUAUGGACGCCCUGUUGUAAGCUCUAGCUAGGUUAAAUUCCCCUUUAUGAAAGAUGAAAGCAGGUCUGCCAUCAGAAAUGUUGGGGCCUCUUAUGCAACUCAAGGUCUGGAUCCCCGGGGGCAUGCGUCCAAGCCUGCCCUCGGGACCCGCCUCCAAGUCCAUCCACAAGGAUGCAGUAUGUGUAGAGUGGUAACAGGGUGUUUGUUAUGAACGAAGUGUGUGUGUUUGUGUAUUGGAUGCAGUGUGUGUAACAUGGAUGCAUUGUGUCUGUAAUGUGGACAUGGUGUGUGUUAGUGCAUUGGUAGUGGAUCUAGUAUGUAUGUGUGUGUAGUGGAUGCAGUGUGUGUGUGUGUGUGUGUGUGUGUGAAGGGGAUGCAGUGUGUGUAUAUUGUGUAUAUAUAAAUUUAAAUUACAUUAUUUUUUUUUGUUGUGUAGAUACUUGUAGUAUCCCAAGUUGUACUGUUUUGGAAACUGAACUGAGAUUAAAUAUGUAUACAUUAUAUUUAUUAAAUGACAGCCAUGCUCUUAUUUACAACAUACAGUAUGGAAAAUAGCACAUAAAUGGUGUGGUUUUUUUUUUAGUUUGUUUUACAUUUUGUAAAAUGGAUUUAAAAAAAAAUAUUUUAAUUGUUCAGCAAACUAACUUUAUAUACUGAAAGUGCAUGAUAUGCCCCCAAAGAUUCACAAUAUGUGAGGGUAACAAACAAAAAUGCACUGAUAUUGCUGUUUAAUUACAGACAGUGUAAAAAACGUAAUAUCAUAUAAUCCAUAAUAGAGACUAUGUAACACAAAAUCUGGUCCCUAAUUCCAUUAUCACAGAGAUCAGCAUGCUUGAAAGCCAGGUAUGUGAUAGAAUAAAGAAAAUAAAUAGGUCUGUUGCUGUUGCCCAGUCAAUAUUAUGGAUUCUAUGACAGCCACUAAAGGUGUAGUACUGGGCAAAUUUAACAAUUGUCUGUUUUUGUAAAUGGCAAUGUGUUAUUGGCCAAUAAACAGGUAGGGUAUGUGCAUGGUAUGUGCAACAAAACAACUUGAAGAUGAGUAAAUUAUGGAUUGUGUUUAAGUGUGGAGCCUUCUGCCCACCAUUUAUAUUAAAUAUGCUGCAACUGCCUAAUCCCAACCCUUACAAUAACCCUCUCAUUAUAUAAUUUACAGAAUUUCACCUAUCAGCCCUCUUCCAACUGUUCGCAAGUUCCUACGAGACAGCAAACAACGGUAGCACGAUACCUGCGUUGUCUCUAUGCAAUGCAUCUAUCCUACUAUCCAGGAAAACGUGGUAUUUCUGGCAAUGAGAAUCCUGAUAUUGUGGCUUCUUCAGACUUUAAGUGCUGAGUUUACCCUGAGUCAAGGUAAAUACCGCAUGAGAACUGGGAACCAGGUAACUGGGGAGAGUUCGUGAGAUCCUGGGAGCUGUAGCCGGGAGAGUUUGUGAGAUUCCGGGAAUUGUGUAUCUAAUCCCUGGUAACAGUGGUUUCUAUUCAUUGUUAGGACUUUAUUUGGCAGAUAAGGCUUUGUUCAGGAAGAGCCUUGGGUACAUGAAUUGUCUGUGGUGUUGGCAACAUGCAGGCAAAUAUGUCAGGGUUAUUCACUAAAGUGAGAAUUGUCAGAAUUCAAAGUGAAUUUCGAAGCACGGAACACCAAAAACCACCAUAAGGUGUGGUAGUGGUUAUGGUGUCAGGAGUGCCCUGAUGUCCCACCCCAUUGUCAUUAGUUAAACCAUUUUAGAACAGUUUGAUGUAUUACCUGCAACCUUCCCAGUGCCGGUCCUGCUUCCACAUAGCAGCCAGGAGAGGCGGAAACGUCUGCUUAGGUGCAUCCAUUAAUGUGAGCUCAUUGGAUAAGAGCAUCUCAGCCAAUGAGCAAGCCCUGCACAGCCAGGCUUAGCUCAAAGAGAACUUUCACUUCUAGCUAUAGUUGAGAUGGGAAGUCCGCAGGUAAGAAUUAAAAUUGUUCUAAAAUGGUAUGAAUACUUAUGGGGGCGAUACCAGGGCAUUUCUGGCCAUCGUAACCACUGCAACAUGGUGAUUGAAAUAUUAACUUAAAGGGGUACUAUAGGCACCAAAAACACUGUAUCUUAAUAUAUAGGUGUUCUGAGACAUAAGGCCUGCCCUGCAGCCUCAGCAGUGUAAACACAGCCUAAUGCCACCUCUGGUGAGCCAUUACAGAGACUUCAUGGGUUUGGUCCUGCAAAGAUUGUUCUCCCUAGAGGUGCAUUAUUGACUCAGGUCAUUACUAUGAAGAGAUGCUGAUAGCCGCUGCACAGUGAUUUUCACACACUAGUCUCCCAAAGCUUUCACAUAGGGAUUGGCCAAGAUCAUUUGGACUGAUGAGCUCAGCCAGGGAGGUGGGGCGGCUGCUGCUAAAUUGGGGCAUGAGGGGAGGUGCGCCAGGGGAAUAAAGUUGAGUAAAAUGUGUGUGUGUGUGUAUAUAUAUAUAUAUAUAUAUAUACAGUUGCAAGAAAAAGUAUGUGAACCCUUUGGAAUGAUAUGGAUUUCUGCACAAAUUGGUCAUAAAAUGUGAUCUGAUCAUCAUCUAAGUCACAACAAUAGACAAUCACAGUCUGCUUAAACUAAUAACACACAAAGAAUGAAAUGUUGCCAUGUUUUUAUUGAACACACCAUGUAAACAUUCACAGUGCAGGUGGAAAAAGUAUGUGAACCCUUGGAUUUAAUAACUGGUUGAACCUCCUUUGGCAGCAAUAACUUCAACCAAACGUUUCCUGUAGUUGCAGAUCAGACGUGCACAACGGUCAGGAGUAAUUCUUGACCAUUCCUCUUUACAGAACUGUUUCAGUCCAGCAAUAUUCUUGGGAUGUCUGGUGUGAAUCGCUUUCUUGAGGUCAUGCCACAGCAUCUCAAUCGGGUUGAGGUCCUGGCCUGACACAGCAAAGCAGCCCCAAACCAUGAUGCCCCCACCACCAUACUUCACAGUUGGGAUGAGGUUUUGAUGUUGGUGUGCUGUGCCUUUUUUUCGCCACACAUAGUGUUGUGUGUUUCUUCCAAACAACUCAACUUUGGUUUCAUCUGUCCACAGAAUAUUUUGCCAGUACUGCUGUGGAACAUCCAGGUGCUCUUGUGCAAACUGUAAACGUGCAGCAAUGUUUUGUUUGGACAGCAGUGGCUUCCUCUGUGGUAUCCUCCCAUGAAAUCCAUUCUUGUUUAGUGUUUUACGUAUUGUAGAUUCGCUAACAGGGAUGUUAGCAUUUGCCAGUGACUUUUGUAAGUCUUUAGCUGACACUCUAGGAUUCUUCUUCACCUCAUUGAGCAGUCUGCGCUGUGCUCUUGCAGUCAUCUUUACAGGACGGCCACUCCUAGGGAGAGUAGCAGCAGUGCUGAACUUUCUCCAUUUAUAGACAAUUUGUCUUACCGUGGACUGAUGAACAGCAAGGCUUUUGGAGAUACUUUUAUAACCCUUUCCAGCUUUAUGCAAGUCAACAAUUCUUAAUCGUAGGUCUUCUGAGAGCUCUUUUGUGUGAGGCAUCAUUCACAUCAGGCAAUGCUUCUUGUGAAAAGCAAACCUAGAACUGGUGUGUGUUUUUUAUAGGGCAGGGCAGCUGUAACCAACACUUCCAAUCUCAUCUCAUUGAUUGGACUCCAGUUGGCUGACAUCUCACUCCAAUUAGCUCUUGGAGAUGUCAUUAGUCUAGGGGUUCACAUACUUUUUCCACCUGCACUGUGAAUGUUUACAUGGUGUGUUCAAUAAAAACAUGGCAGCAUUUCAUUCUUUGUGUGUUAUUAGUUUAAGCAGACUGUGAUUGUCUAUUGUUGUGACUUAGAUGAUGAUCAGAUCACAUUUUAUGACCAAUUUGUGCAGAAAUCCAUAUUAUUCCAAAGGGUUCACAUACUUUUUCUUGCAACUGUACCCUAUUUUGAAUACUUAGGUUGUCUACUUUUGCAAAUGGUAUGCCAUGAUGGGGUUCAUUUUCAUUCCUGGACUGCUAUACAGUUUCAAAUGCAGCCUAGGCCCAGCAAACCAAUCUGGCAAAUUUCAAUGGAAAAGGGAAAAGUCCUAUGGUUGACCCCUGUAAGCUUCCCAAACCCUAUAGCACCUAUACAUGAGGAGGGGGUGGGGGAACUGAUGUACUCGUGCGACAUUGCUAAACACUAGGGAUCGACCGAUUAUCGGUCUGGCCGAUAUUAUCAGCCGAUAAUCGGUAUUUUCAGCAAUAUCGGUAUCGCCCAAUAAAGAUAUCGAUAUUGCCGAUAAUAUGUACCAGGACCGCCGGGCCCAUGACAAACCCGGUGGUCCUGGAGGAGCCAGCAGCAAGCGCUUACUUACCUUCCCAGCAGCUCCCCAAUGUAACUCUUGCAAGUCCCGUGGCCGUCAGAGUGUUGCCAUGGGUUACUAUGGCAAUGCUCCGCACGGCACACAGGCCAUGGGAUUUACACAGGAGAGCUGAAGGGAGCUGUUGGGAAGGUAAAUAAGUGCUUGCUGCUGGCCCUCAAUGCACAGUCCAUGCCACCGGACCACCAGGGAAUGCUAUAUCCCCCCUCCCUGGCCAAGUAAGAAGCAGGGAGGGGGGACUAAAAAAAACACACACACACUGUAUUCAUUAUAUACACACACUACACAAACACACUGCAUUCACUAUACACACACUACACAAACACACACACUGCAUUCACUAUACACACACUGCACAAACACACACACUGCAUUCAUUAUAUACACACAACACAAACACACACACUGCAUUCACGAUACACACACUGCACAAACACACACACACUGCAUUCAUUAUAUACACACACUACACAAACACACUGCAUUCACUAUACACACCACACACUGCAAUCACUUCACGCACACUUCAUUCACUAUACACAUACUACACAAGCACACACUCUGCAUUCAUUAUAUACACACUACACAAACACUCACUGCACUUACUAUACACAUAUUACACAAACACACUCUGCAUCCAUUAUAUACACACUACACAAACACACACUGCAUCCACUACACACACUACACAAACACACACACAGCUCCCCUGUCUAAACACACUGCAUCCACUACAUGUGGCAUGUAUAUUUUGUGCAUUUACCUUUAGAAAUAGUUUCUUUUUCAAAAUGGUAAAUGUACAGAAUAUCGGUAAAUUAUUGGCUAUCGGCCUGGAAGUUAACAGAUUAUCGGUAUCAGCUCUAAAAAAAAAAAUCAAUAUCGGUCGAUCCCUACUGAACACACAUGUGUGUAUUUUACUGCAAUAAAAGCUAUUAGUAUUAUGACAGUUAAAAUGCCAUGCAGAUCUUGGUAAAUAACAAUAUUUUUUAAUUUCUCAAACCUUUUUAGAUUGUAUUAAUAUUAAAUUAUGUUUCAUAUAUAAAUAUUUGAUGUGAAUUGAAAGCCCUGUUUCUCCUGAACAAAAUGAUAUAUAAUAGGCAAUGGUGCACUUAAUAUGAAAGAGGUAAAUUAUGGUUGAACAGACAUGCAGUUCAAAUUCCAGGUUUUGUAUUGAUCAGAGAUUGUACAAUUGUUUCCGUCCUUAAGUGGUUAAAAAAGAAGCCUUUUCCUGAGCAAUUAAUUAAAAGGAUACUCCAGGCACCCAGACCACUUCUGUCCAUUGGAGUGGUCUGGGUGCCAACCCCACUUUUAUAAACUGCAAUAUUUACCUUGCAGAGUUAAGUCCUCCUCUAGUGGCUGUCUAUCAGACAACCACUAGAGGGACUUCCGUGUUCUUAGCUACGCUAUGUGAGGACCUCCAGCGUCACCGAAAUCCCUGUAGGAAAUCAUUGAAUAAUGCUUUACGUUUACGUAUUAACCCCUUCAGCAAUUCGGAAUGGGGGGUGGGAGAGAGAGGGGCACUCCAGGGUCCUGCAAUGCCAGGAAAACAAAUGUUUUCCUGGCACUGAAGAAUACCUUUAAUUGAUUACAACUCUCUAGCUGCUUUGAAAUGCAUUUCUCAACACACAAACUUCUGCUACCUUUGUUUUUUGUUUUAAGAAAGCAGUUACAGAGUCCUUCCUUUUUUAUGCUUGAAUUCCGAAACAAAUUAAUUAUCACAUGGUAAGAUUUUUGCAAUUUGAGCAAGGUUGCUAGAGGGUGGAAUCAAUAAUAAAGCCUCUCUCCAUGCUUACAGGAGUGCAGCCAUACAGUUUGAUCUGUAACAUUUGCUGUACUCCAUUGGAGAAGGAAGAGCACCUUUUUGGGACACUCCCUCUGUGAAGAUGAUGUUGCUGAUUUUUUUGGUCUUAUAUAUAUGGCAAAAAAAAUAAUUAUAAUAUACCUGGAACAAAGGUGAAGUUCUUAUGAAGUUAGAAAAUUAUUGUCUAUGAGCUAACCUAAUUUUGUGUACUUGUAUACAUAAGUUAUAUAGUUAUCUAUAGUGCUGCAGGUUUUGUGUAACCCUAAAGGGACACUAUACUCACCCAGACCACUUCAGCUCAAUGAAGUGGUCUGGGUGUCAGGUCCCUCAGGUUUUAACCCUUCAGAUGCAACAAUAGCAUUUUCAGAGAAAAAUCCAGCCUCUGCGCCUUCAUUGCGCAGAGCGUCCAUAUGAAAAGCAUUGAGAAAUGCUUUCCUGUGGACUCUUUGAAUGCGCGCGGCACGUGCUGCGCAUGUGCAUUCCGCUCCGCUGACGUCGGCAGGGGAGGAGAGGUCACCAGCGCCGAGAGAGCCCGGCGCUGCAAUAAGGUAAGCUGCCGAAGGGUUUUUAACCCCUUCAGCGCCAUGGGAGAGGGACCCUGAGGGUGGGGGCACCCUCAGGGCACUAUAGUGUCAGGAAAACCGCUUUGUUUUCCUGACACUUUAGUGAUCCUUUAAAAAACAAACAAAAAAACUAUUCAUAAUGUAUCAACUAGAUGAACUCAAAUUGUGAAGGGAAGUAAAUGGAGCACUCACAAGCAUAGAACUGUUAAGUCAGCUCUACUUAGCAAGCUUUCAGGCCCGGUACGGCAGUCACACCCCUCCUCAAUGCAAAAAAAUUCAAGAUAGUGUACACCAUAUAGCUUAAACAUAUAUAUGACAACUCACCCUUACUGGAGCCCUUUCUCCUGGCUCUGGUAGUGAAUCUCUGUGAAAUAAAAUUUCACACCAGCUUUUCUUGUGCUUAUAUCCCUUCUGAAAGCCGCGGCUUAUAGUCUCUGUGAAUGAUAUUUUGGUACAUCUCAUUUUACAAUUGUCGCCUUUACAGCAUGUUCUGUAAUCCUCAGUCAAGAGCAAGAUCAACUGUUUAAAUCAAAUCUAAAUGUAAAGGCUAAAGGUAACCAGGUGCCCUAUCCAUACAUGUUUCCAGUAAGCUAUAAGAAACUUAGCAUAACUAGGCACGUACCUGGUUCCCAAUGUCAUGCCACAGAUCUGUAGAAGAGACAUAAUAGUGCCAAUUUGCUCUGCAAAUAAACCUGUCUGUGGCUUGAACACUGUGAGUGCCUGGAGACUUUUUCCUUUUCUACUGUUAAACCAAUUUAGAAUUUGCUGGUUUUGUUUCAGUGCCUCUGGUGUCAGGUGGGAUUGAGUUCAGUACCUUUCACUUUUUAAAAGCAUGCCCCUUUCCCCCCCCUCCCCCCUUUUCUUUUUCGAAUUGUCAGUCAGCUUUCUGAUCAAUUUUAGAAAGAUUUAUCUGGUAGAGUUUAGGUCUAUCAAAGUCUUCAUUUUCUCAAAAGCUUAUCUGAGUGUUUUAGAAAAUGGUAGAUUAGUCUUUGAAAUGAAUAUGGACAAAUGUAGGAUGUAUUUUCCUGAAUCAAGUUAUAGCUCUAUAGGAUGUUUCAAAAAAUAUUUCUUUAAACUGAGCUUUCUCUUGAAUUUAUUCAGGUCAAUAUGCAGGUCAAAAUACACGAAUAAUAUUGGCCAAGAUCUGGAUCUGGUAUCUGAAUAUACUACACAUGUUCAAUGGCUUUUAUUGGAAACUACGUCAAAGACUAGGGCUACUGACAAUGCUAGAACCUGAUCCAGACCAUAUCAUAUGUGUAGCCUGGAAACUGAACAUAAUAUCCUGCUAGCUGGAGGUAUUGAUGGUGAGUUAGCUCAUAUUGUUCUUCAAGCUUGGAUGAAUUCCAAAUCACAAAUACAUGUGAGAAUCUGGCAAAAGUUCAGGGACUUGUGAAUAACAUCAGGCCAUUAGCACUAUCUACAUUCCAUAUUUUAACCACUUAAGGACCAAUGACGGAAUGAUUCCAUCAUGGAUGUCCUUUCCUUAAGGACCUAUGCAAUACUUCUGUCAUGUCAGAUUUUUUUCCCUGUUGGUAACAGGGGAACACCAGGUAUCAUUAGAUACCUAGGACUUUCCUGUGUAAGCUGGGGACAGAAUUGGUAGCCCUUGACUGAUCAAUGUUCUGUUUGUAGCAUUUAAAGUAAGCGCUGUAUACAGGAACAAUAUAGUAUCAGGAACACAAACAUGUAUUCCUGACACUAUAGCUUUAAAUCCCGAUUUAGGCCUCCGUACCGACUCUUUAAAAAGGUGAUUUUACGGUAUUUUUAAGUGCCGCUUCAGUCUCGCUGCAGAUGUCCCCGCCUCACUCUGCCUCCGUGGCUAAGAUCAAAUUUGAUUAUCUGAACCAAUCCAAUGCUUUCCCAUAGGAAAACAUUGUGAGGCUAUUGCGCAUGCACAGCAAAAUGCAGCGCUGUGCCAGUCAGCAUCUUCUCUUAGAGAUGCAUUGAAUUAUUGCAUUUCUAUGGGGAGUGUUCAAUGUAGAAACUCUGACCCAAGAAGCACCUCUAGUGGUUGUCUGAGUGACUGCCACUGGAGGCCUUGUAAGACAGUAAGGUAAACACUGCCUUUACUCUAACAAGGCAGUGUUACAUUAAAAAGCCUGCAGGGACAUUCUAUGCACACCAGAACAACUGCAUAAAGCUGUAGAAAAACCCAUCCCUACCUUUAGUAUAUGACAAGAUCCUUCAGCCAUAUACAUGUACCUUUGCUACAAAGUAGUUUGAGCAAGGUUAAAUACCUGCUUACAUCGUGGAGUCCUAAGUAUCAAAUAUUUUUAGUGGCGAUGGACUGCGUGCAGCACCUUGUCUUGAGUCAUCCAAUCAAAAUUUUUCUGCAGUUUAUUUUCAGCAAUAAUUUGCAUAUCUCAUACCAAAAUUAUUAUUUAAAAUGUCUGAUUUUCAUUUACUCACAAAUCAAAAUCAAAUGGAGAGACACAAUUAUAUUAAAUAGCUAGGUGCAAGCCAAAUAAACACUCCCCCAAGUGUUUGAAAAUCCAAAUAUCAAAUAAUAUAGGAAUGCACACUAUACCAACUUCAAACAGUAAUUAUAAUCAGGCUUUAUUAUGUACAAAAUUACUAUAGUGAUAAACAAAACCAGACAUAAACAAAAUAACAGAAGUAGAGGCAAUACAAUAAUACAAUGGUACAAUACCAAAAAAUCCACAAGACAGAAACACGAGUCACCAAACCCCCCAACGUUUCGGCACCAACUGGCUUCCUUUAUCAAGGGUACCUGUAUCCAUGUUCCAAUGCGUCUGUUUAUAAAGCCCUCCUACAGCUGACCAUCUGUGGUUGCUCUGGGUGGAGAGCAGAGGGACCUCUCUUCAGUGGCAUGUUUCUUUUUCUCACCCCCAGCCGCUCCAUGUGUCUCAUUCUCUCCCGAAGCCCCACCAUGUGUCUCACUCUCCUUCUAGCUCCUCUAUGUGUCUUAUUCUCCCCCAGGCCCUCCAUGGGUCUUAUCCCCCCUCAGACCCUUAAUGUGUCUCAUUCUCAUCCACCCAGCACCUCCAUGUGUCUCAUCCCCCAGAUGUGUCUCAUUCUCAACCGCAGCCCCUCCAUGUGUCUCAUCACCCCCUUGGCCCAUCCAUGUGUUUCAUCCACCCCCCCAGCUCGUUCAUGUGUCUCAUUCUCUCUCUCCCAGCUCCUCCAUGUGUCUCAUUCUCCACCAGCUUCUCAAAGUGUCUCAUUCCCUCCCAGACCCUUCAUGUGUCUCACCCCCAGUCUCUCCAUCCUUCCCAUCCCCUCCAUCUUAUUUCCCUGUCCACCUGUGCCUGCGGACAUCCCUGUAGCGUGGAUGUGUGGACCACAGUGGUGGAGCUAUUGUUCUUGUACCCAGUCUAACAGAUGUGCUCACUGAGAGCACUUCCUGUCAAUCCAGGUAGAGUAUCUUCUGUAUGCAGUCUGCUUGGCCACGCUACAUACAGUGACUGUCAGGAGUGCUUGCUAUGAGCUCCCUUGUCAUCCACUCACCUGGCGACUAGAUGUUCCAGGCUGGUGCAGCUGUGACCUCCUGGUGUGAUGGGCCUGGUUGUAGCUGUGACCCCUGCAACCGCAGUAGUUGCGCCAUUGCCUCUUCUUUUUGUUUGUUUAAUUAAAUCUUAUUUGGCUUUUCACAUAAUAAGACAGAUUACAUAACCUCUUUUUUUACUUUUCCUGUCUCUUAGUUCCUCAGCUUUGAGUGCCAGAUGGGAAUAGAAAUUGAGAGUCGGACGGCAGGAAAUCCUUUUUUUUUUAAAUAGGGUUUUCUCCAAAUCUGUACAUAUGCUAGAAAAACUGCUUGCACAAUGCAUAAAGAAAAUUUCAAACUCUUUCGAAAGAGCUAAUCACUAAUCAGUUUAGCAGAACUCAAAGAUGAUCUCUGUUUAGAUACAUCCAGUGAGAGCAGCAAUGUCUCUUUUCCAUAAGGUUGCUGGGAAUUUUUGAAUGGGGUCAAACUUUGAAGACAUCCUUUUGUUUUCAUUUUAGAAUUUGCUUUUUGCUGUGCCACUGCUCCUAGCUCUAAACCUCAUGCCUAAAUUCUAACAAAACACUAUUGCUAAAUCCACUAACCCUAAACUAUCUCUAACCCUGACUCUCGUCUAACUUUAAAUUCUCUAAAUUAAUCCAAGCUAUACCUGUUCAGUAUCUAUGGUUAGCCCGUAUUAAAACUGCUCAUACGGUUAACUAACCCUAGGGCCAACCCUGAGGCGAGAGUUAGCAUUAGCUAAGUAGAGGUGCAGGGCUGGUAGAAUUUGACCAUAAUUCCUUUGCUCUAGUAAUAAACGGAGAACCAGCAUCAGUUUGCUCACUGCAGUAAAAGUCCACAUAGUGUCGUGGGGACCAUUCACUUCUUGAUUUUUCUCUGCAGCUGUUUAAAGUCAACAGCAGUGUGAGAGAGCGGCAGGAAGCAUGUGAAGCCAUGCCAGUACUUUACAGGCAAUCACUGCAAUGCCACCAGCUCGAUACAAACUUUUCUGUCUUAGCUGCUGAUAUAAGCUUUUAUCUGCAAUGCAAAGAGCGAUCAUAAGCUAAACAGUUGCUCACUGACCAAUACUAGGUCCAGGGUAACACAUGAAUGGAAUCUCACCCUUCCUAUCAUAAAUAUUUUAAAGCUUAUCAUGGUUCCUCCACAGCAGUAGGUGUGGUGUGGGAAAGUAGCAGCUGACACCAUUCAUACUUAUCCCAGCACAUGCCGCUGUCAGUUAUCUGUCAUAUAAACUCCACAUGUAGGGAAAGCAACAUAUGUGUUUUGUGUGUGUAGCUAAUUCGGUAUGCGUGGGAGAGCGUGACUCAAGGUGUGGGGGUGUAUGGCUAAUUAACCCAUUAGUAACACAGCCUUGUUUUGCUUGUUUUGUAGGCCCAGUUCUGAGGGAAAGGACUUAUAUUAUAUACUAUAUUACAGAUUUGUCAGCGGGAAAAUGGGUGCAGGCAGAGCCAACUUUAUCAUGUUAUGCUGACACAUACAGCCUUGUCUGAGGACAUCAGAAUGCAUUGUUAUUAAGCCGAUUGUAAUUAAUGGAGCUGAAGCAAUAGGUGGUGAUCUGAGUGAUGGUGGGCUACCUUGGUUGCUGGAUUGGUAUAUGACCUCAUAAGGUCAUAGGUUAAUUCCCCUGCUCAAGGCCAUUUAUCUCAGUGGUUCCUAAACCAAUCCUCACACACCCUUCCUCCCAAGUUCAGGAUUUAGGGAUUCCCCAGUUGUGUCUUUAGAAAAAAAAUCACCUUGGACAUAAUUGGGUGAUCUCUAAAUACUGGGCUGAUAGGAGGGACAUGAGAACUGGUUUGAGAAUCACUGGUUUAUCUUAUACUAGUGGUGCACACAUGGCUAACUCCUUGGUCACUGAUACCCCAAGGUUCCAUGCUAUGAUGGUAAUGAAUGAUUUUUUUUGUAACUUGAUGGAGACUUUUUCUUUUUUCUCUUGCAGUCUCAGUACAUGUAGAGGGUGAUGUCCAGGCUGUCCUGUACUCCGAUGUUGUACUGCGCUGCAGAGUGGAGACGCAGGAGCAUGUGACCCAACUCACAUGGCAGAAGAAAAAGACUCCCAACAAUGAGGACUUCCUGACUUACAGCAAAGGAGAGCUGCCAGUAUAUCUCACACCAUUUGCACAAGAGAGAGUGAAAUUUCUAGGAGGCGGUGACCAGAGUGGUAAUAUUCUCAUCCGCAAUGUGACAUUAAAUGACGAGGGAAUCUACCUCUGUAGCUUCAGCACCCACCCGACUGGGACAAGAGAGAAGGAGAUUAAACUGACUGUUCAAGGUAAGGGGGCAGGAAUUAUCAUUUAUUAAAGGAACACUAUAGUCACCUAAAUUACUUUAGCUAAAUAAAGCAGUUUUAGUGUAUAGAUCAUUCCCCUGCAAUUUCACUGCUCAAUUCACUGUCAUUUAGGAGUUAAAUCACUUUGUUUCUGUUUAUGCAGCCCUAGCCACACCUCCCCUGGCUAUGAUUGACAGAGCCUGCAUGAAAAAAAAAACUGGUUUCACUUUCAAACAGAUGUAAUUUACCUUAAAUAAUUGUAUCUCAAUCUCUAAAUUGAACUUUAAUCACAUACAGGAGGCUCUUGCAGGGUCUAGCAAGCUAUUAACAUAGCAGGGGAUAAGAAAAUCUUAAUUAAACAGAACUUGCAAUAAAGAAAGCCUAAAUAGGGCUCUCUUUACAGGAAGUGUUUAUGGAAGGCUGUGCAAGUCACAUGCAGGGAGGUGUGACUAGGGUUCAUAAACAAAGGGAUUUAACUCCUAAAUGGCAGAGGAUUGAGCAGUGAGGCUGCAGGGGCAUGUUCUAUACACCAAAACUGCUUCAUUAAGCUAAAGUUAUUCAGGUGACUAUAGUGUCCCUUUAAGGAACAUCUUUUAUACAAGGCAAUUCACAAAGAAACUGGUAAGUUUUUGAAUUUCGAUUUAACUUAACACCUUCUUUACCAUCAGCUAGAAUUCAACUGAAGAGUUGUACUUUUAUAACAUAGCAAACCAGCAGGUUCGUGAUAAAACCACACCAACAGUGUACUAAAUGGAAAUUUACAAAGCAUUUCCAAUAUUCUGAGGCACUCCAUUAACUGUUCUCUAAACCACACUUCCAGCCAGGUCAAUCAUGGAGUGGAUGGCAGGGGAGGGUGGUGGUGGUGGGGGGGGUGGUCACAAUAUCAAGACCUUGUCAUGGCCAGCCCAACCUGCAGACCAUAACCCAAUUGAAAACCCCUGGAAUGUGAUCAGGAGGAAGAUAUAUGGUCACAAGUCAAACAAAGCCGAGCUGCGUGAAAUUUUUGCAACAGGAGUCAUCCAACAGCAAUGUGAAAGGCUAGGAGGGAAAAGAUGCAGGAAAGCUGUGAUUGGAAAUCAGGGUUAUUCAAACACAGAUUGAUUUCUGAACUAUUCCUAAGAUAAAACAUUAACAAAAAAGACCAUAUUUUUAAUAGGAAUUUGGGAGGUAAGUUGUCAGUAGAUUAUAGAAUAAAACAAAAAUGUGUAUGCAACUCAAACACUGUAAAUACUAAAACCAGAUAAAUGUUUAAUUUUGCAGUUCUCUCUCUCUCUUUCUCUCUCUGGCUCUUAUACCAUCCAUGAUCCAUGAGGUCCAAUUGGUGUUGAUAUACAAGUAAAUAUAAAUCAAUAUGUUAUAAAAUUACAAUUCCUUCAUUCCUACAUAAAUAUACACUCAGAUUUAAAAUCCACCACUUUCCACUUUCUGAGGUCUAAAUCUCACAAAUAUCCCUGUGUUUUGCCGACACAGAGACUCUGUCCCCUGUGAUGUUCCAACAUGGUGAUGUAUUGACACUUUUAGAGAAAGGUCAGGCAGUUCUAUGGUCGGAGAUAUGAUUGUGGGCUCUCACCAAUCUAGGGAGGAAUAGAAAAUGCAUUUCUUACAAAGCAAAACAUUUUUAUUAUUACUUACAGUACAGUCUUGCAAAUAAAUCUCUUAUCUUUUUAGUUUAUCCAGAAAUCCUCGUGGGACCUUCCAUGAAUCCAGUAACGGUUGGUGAUUCUCCUCAGAUGAUGGGCUACUGUAUUGCUAUAGCAGCAAAACCGGCAGCAAAUAUUCAAUGGAUCAUAAAAGGUUUCUCCUAUAGUUUAGACAAAAAUACAACACGCCAUGAAAAUCUGACUGUGACAACCAUGAGCUACUUAAUGAUUCCACCCAGUCUGGAACUCUACGGUCACAAUGUUACCUGUGUGAUCACUCAAGAGAACGUCCAACAGCAGCAGGAGAGAAUGUUCAACAUACGUAACAUCCAUUGUGAGUAUGGCAUGCUUUUCCCUUUCUAGUUGCAGAGCUAGAAAUUAAAUUAUAGUUUAAAUCUAUUUUAUGGAAUCUACUCAGUAUCUUAGUUAAACAUGUUGAUUCAAUGGGAUUCAUUCACUGGCAACCGAGCCACAAAUGAAUGCUGUCCAGUUGUCACAGUUUGACUGUUUUAACCCAUUUGGCUAUUCACGAAAGGCAAAUUAAAUAAUUUCAAGUGAAAUUUGCACUUCUAUUAUCUGGUGAAAGCAGCAAAAUCUCCAGCCAAAACUGCUAUUCACAAACAGCUGAAUUGCAAUUGCAUUUGAUUGGUUGUUGUUCCAUUUUCCCUGAUACAAAAACCUACUUAACCCUAAAUGAAUAUGCUAUCCUAUGGGGUUUUAAAAGACGCUGGACAUCCUUGAACUCUGUGAAGCUGCAUCUACAGGGCUAAGGGGAUAGGGACAGUGCACCCAGACCACUUCAAUGAGAUGACGUGGCUUGGGUGCCUAUAGUGUCCCUUUAACACCGUAUGUGACACUGAAAGACUAAAUUGGCAUAGAAGAGGUUAAUAGGUUUUAGGUUGUGGAGUUGUUUUGUUUGUAAGUUUAAUUUAAUUAUUGUAGCCUGGCACUUUGAGUUAGUGCUGCCAAGACACUCUGGGGUUGGUGGCAUUUUAUUAAACUUAUUAUUGCUAUAUGUUGUUAUGUUUUAUCCAGUAGGUUUCCCUAAAUAUAUAGUGUAACAGAGUAUAGCUGACUUCGAUCAUUUAUCCAGUUCUCUAUUUUGAUCUUAAAGCAGCACUGUCAAUCCCCCACCUCCUUCUCCCCUCCUCCCCUGCCACCCCCCCUUGAAAAAAUGUGCAUUUCAUAAAGAUAGAAUCUUUGUGAAUUUGGCCAAGUCCCCAGACUGUGACAGUGCCGCUUUGAACUUGAAAUUCACUUUCUGUUCACUUAGUGGCGGAUCCAGAGCCAAAUCUCGGGAGGGGCACUUGUAGAUUAUUUAAAGAAAUAAUCCAUGCACAAUAACCACUUCAGCUCUGUGUAGUGGUUAUGGUGCCAGGAGUGCCGGGACCUCCUCCCAGAGUAAGUAGUCAAACCGUUUAAGAACAAUUUGACAACUUACCUGGGGUCUGCUCGCAUAUGGGGUUGUAAUAGGGCAUAGGAGCAGUGGUGUGUGUGAGUUGUGCAAUGUGUGAGGGAUGCAGUGUGUGAAUGUGUAGGGUGUGUGGGAGGCAAUGUGUGUAUGGGAGACUGUGUAUGUGUGUGGGGGCAGUGUGUGUGUGGGGAGGCAAUGUGUGUUAGUGGGGGCAAGGUGUGUUUGUGUGUGUGUGUGGCAGUGUGUGUAAGGGUGGCUGUGUGUGUGUGUGUGGUGAGGAGGAUAUGGGGGCUUUUUAAAUAAUUUUUUUUAUAUAGGUGGUCCGUGGGAAAUUCCUGGUGGUCGCAGUGGUGAGAGUGAACUCUAGCCUGCAGUUCCAGUUCUGGCUAGAGUUCACUCUCGCGAGAUCCAGGGCGUUACCAUGGUAACCGUGGCAACAAACCUUGCUUGUGAAAGAAGGACCCGGAGGAGCUGCAGGCUGAGCUCCCGGGUCCUCUCUCCCUCCCCUGCCGACUGCUCACACGGUGCCUGCGGAUCGUGGAGGGAGAUCUCUGAUCUCCCCUCCGGUCCAUGAAGGCACAUUGCAGGGCCGGUGCUUGGACAGUGCCAGCCCCGCAUUAUCCGGCAGGGGAGAGCCUCAGGGGUUGGGGGGAGGGGGCAAUUCCCCCGUUGCCGCCUCCCCCCCUGGAUCCGACAGUGAUUACUUUGAAUUCUCAUUUUAGUGAAUAAUCCUGUAAGACAUACGUGAUGUUUUGGGAUAGAUGAAAAUUAGUUAUUCAGCAUUCCCUUUAGUGACUGUCUGAGAGUUGUGGGAGAAGAAAAGGAUCUAGCAGAAUUUCUGGAGGAUAAUGCAUAGAGCCCUUGCGGACAGAGAUUUAUGUAAAGGAACACUAAAGCAUUAGGAGGUGCUUCCCCUCCUUGCUAUCCAAAGGUAAAACAGUACUUUACCUUACUUUUUCUCCCUUGAACCCCGGUCUUCGCACUGGAAUCCCUCAUCCAAGGCUGAGCUUAUCAAGACUCAUGAUCUCAGUGUUUUCCCACAGGGGAAGGCUAGUGUGCUUGGCUGCAAAAUGUUGAGCUGCAUCAGUCUGAUGGUCUCAGGGGACGUGCCUCUAGUGACUGUCAGAGUGACAGCUACUUGAGAAAUCCUGCAGAAUGCCAGUAUUUUAAAUUACACGGUUUAACAAACAGAAGCACCCAGACCCAGGACACUUAAGGGUUUUUAUUAAUUAAUCUAUAGUCUCUAUUUAGGAGGGUGCUCGGUUGGCUUCACAAUAAUGUGCUGCUUAGAUAUGGUAUAUAUUAUGUAUUUGUCAUACUAAUCAUGUUCUUAAAAGUGGAAAAUUAUAUGUAAGAGCAUUUCUUUGACAAAGUUGUUUUAUUCUAAAUUAUGAGUGAUCCAAAGUGAAUCAUUGUAAUAUAGUCAAUAACGUCUUAUGUAAUACAUGCAAGCUUUUUUGUUGUUUUGUGUUAGAUGCUCCUUUGAAUGUAAAUAUUAGAGUAAUUCCGAGUGAGGAACAGAUGUUGCAACUUUCCUGUGAAUACGAUUCCAAUCCUCCGGCAUCCAAAUUUACCUGGAGAUGGUAAGCAACCAUACUUUAUGUUACAUACUUAGCUGUUGAUGCACCAGUUAUUUAUGUUGAUACAUUUUAAUUGAGUUUUAACAGUGUUUAUAUUAUCCGUUGUAAUAAAAAUAUACAAUUUCCCCUCUCUCCCCCCUCAACAAAACCGUACAUCUAGAUUCUAGAUCAUGGGUGUCCAAAGUUUUUGUUUCCACGGGCCACAUUGAGCGAAGGGGAAAUGUCACAUAUGUAUGUACAUAUACACGUAACCACAGAUAUACACAUACACACAUAAUCACAGCUAUACACACACAUAUAAUCAUAGACCUAUGCACACAUACACUCACAUAUCUAUACACACACACAUAAUCACAGACCUAUACACACACAUAAUCUUACAUAAGCACAAACACAAUCACAGACCCACACACGAAAACAUACAUAUACAGACACACAAUAACAGACCUGUGCACACAGUAACAUACAGAGACACAAUCACAGAUGCACACAAUCACAGACAUAUACUCAAUCACACACACCAUCACAGACCCACACACAUACAAUCACAGACAAUCACAUACACACAUAAUUACUGGCAUACACACACGAAAAUCACAUCCAUACAUAUACAUUUAGGAAUUAAGACAUUUAGGAAUCCACCCCGCUUCCCUGUAUUGCUCUGGAAGAGCUGGAGUGGUCAGUGAUUGCUGCUGUGAUGGGAUCACUGUGCUCUUUCUGCACAGGUCCCUCACGUGCCAAGUUGAGAUGCUCAAUAACCUGAAGUUUAGCAGUAGUAGUUUCUAUCACAAUGAAUAUUCUAUUUAAGGAACAUGUUUCACUUGACAAUUAAAAAAAAUUUAAAAAAUUUGAAACGAUCAAGCAAACACUUUUGAACAAAUAUACAAACCAAAAAAAAAUAAGAAAAAAUGUGCAAAGUAUGUAAUAAAUAUUGCUAAACUUGCUAUAAACUUGAUCAUAUUGCAUUGUUGGGCACACCUCUCAGCUAGGGAAGUUUCUUCAGCCUCCUCCCUCUUACUUACCAGGGCCGGACUGGCCCACCGGGAUACCGGGAAAUUUCCCGGUGGGCCGUCGGCACCUGGGUCCGGGGAGACAUUUGGUGACCUGCGGCCGCAGGGAGAACUUCGAUGGCGGCUGCAGGGAGAGCUCUUUCGGCGGCCGCAGGGGGAGCAGGCUGUUCUGUCUUUGCUCCCCCGCCCUCGCGCGCUAGUUAAUUAGACCGGGGCCGGAAUAUGAUGAGGCAGCGCAGGGGAAUGGCAAGCUAACCUGGCAGGACACCAGGUAAAGCAAAGCCAACCCUGCUCGCCUCCCGCCGACAUGCUGCAGAGCCGUUCCUGCCCGCCUCCCGCCCUCAUUCCGCAGAGCCGGCCAGCCGCCCUUUACCCUGCGUGACCUCAGCGCUGAGAGGAAGUUAUUACAGCUCCCUUCACUUCCUCUCGGCGCACACGGGGCUGGAGAGAGAGUAGGAGGCGGAAGCAGGGAGUCUGGAAUGGCGGCUGCCUACUCCCAUUAGCUGCAGCCAGCCCCACUAACAAGAUGUCACCUGCUGCUGCCCAGUCCCACUGGAGCCCAAGGGAGUCACCCUCCUGGGCUGAAAAGGUAGGAGGGUUGCUAAAAAUAUGUAUUUUUCUUCUCUAAUUUCUGUAUAUCUGUCAUGUCUGUAUGUCUGUAUGGGUAUUUAUCUGUGUGUAUGUAUGAAUGUUUGUGUUUGUGUAUGUAUAUAUUUGAGUGUAUCAAUAAUAAUACUUUGUGUGUGUGUCUGUCUCCAUGUCUCUGUCAGUGUGUGUGUGUGUCUGUCUCCAUGUCUCUGCAGUGUGUGUGUGUGUCUGUCUCCAUGUCUCUGUCAGUGUGUGUGUGUGUCUGUCAGUGUGUCUCUCUCCAUGUUUCUGGCAGUGUGUGUCUGUCAGUGUGUCUCUCUCCAUGUCUCUGUCAGUGUGUGUGUCUCUCUCUCUGUGUGUCUCUCAGUGCCUGUCUCUGUCAGUGUGUGUGUGUGUCAGUCCGGGUGUCUGUCAGUGGAUGUGUAUGUUUAGGUCACCAGCCACCUCCGAUCGCAAUGGGAAUUAUGUUUUUACACAUCUUUUACCUAGCGCCGUACCGGUCUCGCUGUAGCUGGCCCACCUUCAUAGCUCAGAUUAUCAAUUACCAAUCAUCAUCUCCUCAUAGAGAUGCAUUAAAUUAAUUAAAAGCAUCUCUAUGGGUAAUGUUCAGCACCUCCAUGCAGAGCGUGGAAACGCUGACUGUAGGUGCUGCUCAUUGUGCACUACGAUAGGAGACACUUUAGUGGCCAUCUGAGUGACAGCCACUAGAGGUGUUACUGGACAGCAACGUAAAACUGCCUUAUCUCUGAAAAGGCAGCUUUAACAUUGAAAAUUCUACAGGGACAGGCUAUAUACACCAGAGCCAUUACAUUAAGCUGUAAUGGUUCUGGUGACUAUAGUGUUCCUUUAAGAAUUGUAUUUUUGUUGUGAGGAUGGGGCGGGGGGGAAGGGGGGAGAAAAGCUGGCUCCUAACUUUUUUAGCUGGCUCCUAGAUUGAAAGCAAAUUUGUCAAGCCCUGAUAUAUAUAUAUAUAUAUAUAUAUUAUAUAUUGCUUUUUCUAAUAUAAAAUAUUGGUCCUUUCAGAGUAAAACAUUUAAUUAUACAGUAAGCAUACUCACAUGCAGACACAGACAAUCUGACACAAGCUGAUUGAUAGACAAACAAUCUCACUGAUAUACAUAAGCUCAUUGACAUAAAAACACAAGCUCACUCACUAGCAGGCACACACACAGCUUAAUGUAGUGGUUCUGGUGUCUAUAGCCUGUCCCUGCAGGCUUUUGAAUGUAAACACUGACUUUUCAGAGAAAAGGCAGUGUUUACAUUGCUUCCUAGUGACAGACACUCAGACGGUCACUAGAGGCGCUUCCCGUGUCAGUGCGGAUUGGCUGAGAUCAUCAAGCUUGAUGAUCUCAGUCAUAGAGGCAGGGCCAGUCGAGGGGAGACCAGCACGACGUUGGGAGAAAAAAAAAAAAAGGUGAGUAAAACAGUAUUUUUAAAAACACACACAGACACCAUGACAGACACACACACACACACCCCAUGACACAUACAUAUACCAUGACAGACACACACACACACACCAUGACAGACAUGCACACACCUUGACACACACAUAUACCAUGACAGACACACCAUAACACAGACCAUGACACAGACAGACACACACACCCACCAUGACACAGACAGACACACACACCAUGAUACAGACACAUAUGACACAGACACACACACCAUGACACAGACACACACACACACACACCAUGACACAGACAGAGACACACACACCAUGACACACAGACACAGACACCAUGACACAGACAGACACACACACACACACCAUGACAGACAGACACACACAGCAUGACACAGACAGACACAUACACACACACACACCAUGACAGACAGACACACACAGCAUGACACAGACACACACACUCCCAUUGACAGACUGACAUACAUACUUUUUGCUACCUGUGGGUGGGCAGACAGAUAGGUGUGCUGGCGGCUGCAGGGAGAACUUGGAUGGUGGCCGCAGGGGGAGCUCUUCUGGCGGCCGCAGGGGGAGCUCUUCUGGCGGCCGCAGGGGGAGCAGGCUGUCUCUGCUCCCCAGCGCGCAGCUUAAUGAGACCGGGGCCGAAAUAUGACAUCAUAUGCCUCUGCAGGAAGGAAGUAAUUAGUUAUUCAUUACCUCCUGGCGCACACAGCACUGCACUGGGAUCGACACAGGAGGAGGAGGGAACGGGCUGACCAAUCCCAGGUGCCAGGACAAAAUAUUGAGUCGCCAUGGCGACCGGGCGCCUGGGAUUUGUCGAGCCCUGAUAUAUAUAUUACUCAAUCAUCUGGGGAGGCAAGACAUAGCCUUACAUAUUACAUGCGACAAUAUAUGGCGCAAUGGCUUAUGGGGCUGGCAUAGAUUUUUUUUUUUCCAGGGCUGCUUUGUAUCCCUAGUCCGGCCCUGUUACUUACCCACCAACCAGUCCACUAAUGACAGAAACAUGACUUCAUUGUGUAGCAGCAGUAACUACUCAUUCUUCCUGCACUGGCUAAGAUAGCAGGGCCGAUAUUGUGGGUACUGUAGGGUAGUGGUGGGCUUAACACAAUAUGGUCUUAUUGUGUAACUGAAUCCCCAUAUUUGUUAAGAUAGGUGAUUAUAAGUAGCCUUGCAACAUUUAAAACUGUAUUUUUGUUUUUGUGUGUGCGCUGUUCCUUUGACUGUAUCUUGUAUAGAUUGUGGUCUUUAAUGCAGUACCACUUCUUAGAAAUGUUUGUUCUGGGUGUGCCCCCAAUUCCUUUUUUCUUGACAUUUUUUUCCAGAUUAGGGUUUCUCUUAUAUCUUGCAAGUUAAGGCUAAAUAAGAUCACAAUCACAAAUAUUUACCUCUUUCCCCUAAUUGUUUGCUCAACGUAGGUGGUCUGUGGUAUUCAUAAAGUUGCAUCUGAGAGGGACUACAAUUUGAUUUAUAUUAAGACAGAGGAUGAAUGAAAUACAUAGUAUCAUUAUGAAUAUACUUUAUUGCCUUUCUGUAAGUGUAAUGUAAAUGCUGUCUUCAGAACCUAUAUUUUAAAUGCUACAUAUACUCAGAACAAGAUAUAUUGCUAAAUUGAAAACUGUUUGACCAAAAUUGUGGUCCCUUUCUGGAUUCCAUAAUAUCAGCCAAUAGACACCAGGUGGGGCCAUGGAAGCAACUUGCUAUUAUGAAGUGGCCUCAAUCGCUAUUUAAAUAUUUUUAAACUUUGCUAGCUAUUAAAGGGAAAUGUAUUAAUAAUUUUUCAUUCAUAGUGCAGCCUGUUAUGACCUAGAUGGGCACAGACCCUUACCACUGGUCCUCUCAAACCAUUCUCCCUUUGACUCCUUGUAACAGUUCUCAAGUCCCAGAUUUUAAAUCAUUCUCAUAUCAACCUGCUGUUAUUCUGGAAGUCAAAGCCAUUGAGAUGAUUGUGUCUUUGUCAGGAUUACAGAAUGAUCCAGCACGUAGAAUUGUAUAACACAGAGGACUGAUAGGUAACGUUUACCGGACAGUAGAAUGGCCGGACUAACGUACCAAAGAAUAGUCAGGAAUAGCCGAGUUCAAGGGAAACAGAAAGAGACACAACGAUAAGGAAAAGCCAGGAGUCAGGGAUGCCAGAAAACAGGGAAGUCAAAAACAAUGCCAAAGUCAAAUAACCAGAAUUACCAGAAUCAAUAACGCGCUCUCGGACAACCACAAGGGAAACCACGACAAGGCACUGAGCAGGAUGAGAACUGGGCCUAAAUACCCCUCCUUUAGUUCUGAUAGGCUGUAACCGGCCUUUAACCCCAAAGUUAGUUACCAGGUUACCAUUUGCAUAAUUGCUGCUCAGCAUUAACCCUUCUGUGGAUUAGGUUGCUGCUCGGCACAACUUUUCCUAUGUGGACAGUAAAUGUCAUUAACCACAUUUUUAUAAGCGGAUGAAUACGUGACAGUCUUAGAGAGCUUCAACUGAUUAACUCUCUAAGACAGUGCAAUAUAGGAAACAGUUACGUGCUAUCAUCAUGGAAUUAAAUGAAUGGAGAUAGCUGUUUGAGGGUACAAUCACAUUGGUCUUGAUCCGGACAAUUAAUUAAAACUAUUCCGACUUGUCGGAGGUGAUACUCCUGUUGCCCAAAAAUUCUUAAUGGUCACUAUUUUUUGUUCUGGUUUCAUUUAAUUUACUCUAAGAAAAAAGUUUUGCAGUAUAAUUCUGCCUCCUUAGACUGAUAUAUAUAUAUGUGUGUGUGUGUGUGUGUAUAUACAGUUGCAAGAAAAAGUAUGUGAACCCUUUGGAAUGAUAUGGAUUCUGCACAAAUUGGUCAUAAAAUGUGAUCUGAUCAUCAUCUAAGUCACAACAAUAGACAAUCAGAGUCUGCUUAAACUAAUAACACACAAUGAAUUAACAAUUACACCUAAAAAUGGGAAUAAAUAUAUAUAUAUAUAUAUAUAUAUAUAUAUUGUAUCAUUAAAUGAUAAAUGCUGGAUUUUUACAUAUGAUUUGAAAUAAAAUAAAUUACUCAUAUAUGUGUGAUGUAAAGAGUCUUCUUGAGGCAUGUUUGCAGCCUUUGAUGAUUUCCUUGGUUUUCUUGUGAGACAUUCAUCUCACAGAGGAGGCUGCUGGCAGCCAGGGGAAAGCUUUUAUGAGAAAAGAUAAAAGAUCUGUGAAUGUAUCACAGCCUGUGAAUGUAUCAUAGCUCUGGUGGUAAGGACUUAUCCUUCCUCCACAAGUUGCAUGGUAAGCAUUUGAGUUACACUGAGUGUAAAUAGGCACAGCCAGAGGAGGUGAGGCUUGUGUUGCUAAAAUAAUCUAAAUAACCUUCUAAAUGGCAGAUAAUUGAGCAUUAAGACUGCACCUAAACCACUUUAUUAUGCUAAAAUAGUUUUGAUGCUAAGACUAUUCCUUGUAGAUCAAUCUAAAGUCUGGUAAUGUGAAUUUAUGUUUUUGAUCUUUGUUUUUUCCUUGAUUAGGGUCUGGCCUACAUUUUAUGAAUUAGGGUCGUCCUCAACCUGACAACUGAAAUUAAUAUAUUCAGGUAUAUUUUAGGAUAGUAGUAUAUAUCUAUUUUCAAAUCUCAUACUGCAUGAUUGGUUACCGAAAACAUAAAUAGUAUGCACAGCAAGAAAUGUAUACUAAAAGCACAGUAGUUUAUUACACAAUAUUUAAAACCUCAAAAUAGUCAAACUAAGCAGUGAUAAGGCUUUUACAAACUCACAGCACCAAAUAACACGUACCAGAAAGUGAAACACACGACAGCCUACCCACAAAGUUUUGGCAUCACUAAAUGCCUUUCUCAAGAGACAAGUGUGCAGGCAACUCCUCUGUUUGGUCAUAUUUACCCUGAUGACAAUCAGUGUAAUUCUCCAAGUGUGAAAGUGGCGUCCUCAAACUAAAUUAUCAGUUGUAACCAAACAUUCUCCACAUCACAUACACAGAUUCUGAAAUCAGUCCAGAUUCACUUCGAUGUACACACAAGAAAUGCAAAUGUUGAAAACCUGCGACCUAAGACACAAUGUUACAGGUGUUGCUACGUGCAGUUCCAAACACACACCACUAGUCCAAAGUAAACGCGUAGGCAGUCUGUCCGAUGGACCUCCUUAAAUUCCUAUAAUCAUAAGUAUGAAAUAUCCCCAACCAAUCAUGCAGCAGAGCUUGUUCCCCCUUUUCAUUAUGGAUUUGGAGGCUUUGCGUCAGAGGAUUACACAUUUUAACUGUAUUCUUAUGUGUCUGUCUUUUUGGUUGCUAAUAGCCACAAGUAUUGUAUUUACGGAUACUACGUUUGUAAUUUACAUCCUUCGGUGUAUUUGCAGCUGAAAAUUUGGUUGCAAUUCAAUGCGUUUUGACCGUGAUUUUUUUUUUUUAACAUUGACACUUCUUGUGUUGCCUUCGAAAUGCUCGUUUUUAAUGGGACUGAUUUUAGAAUGUGUGUAAGUGAUGUUUUGUAUGUUUGCUUAUAUUUUCUAUUUAGUUUGUAUUCACUGUUUUGUAUUAUAUGUAUUAUGUUUAUAUUGUCACGUUGCACACGUCAUGACGUUACAUUUGAACUAGCUGUGAAAUUCAAACUGAUGGCUAGAUGGCCAUCCUAAGGGUAUGUAUAACCAGACAGAGGAGUGGGUUGCACAUUUCUCCCUUUGAGAAAGGCAUUUUGUUAUGCUGAAACAAUAUGGGUGGAAUAUCCUGCAUUUGUUUUACUUUCUGGUAGGCUUUUUGAUUGUGUUAUUUGCUGCUGUGAAUUUGUAAAAGCCUUGUCACUGCUUUGUAUGCUUUCUUUGGGGCCUUUUGUUUAAUAAACUAAUAAACAUUUCUCGGUGUGCACCCUAUUCAUAUGGCGAUGUUUAUAUAGGCAGUACUUCAGAGAGUUCUAAAUUGGGAGAAUACCCUUUCAUACAUUGAUAUUGUAUGGUUUGUGAGCUCUUUCCUUUUAGUUUGAAACUUUGGGUUAAAUCAGUCAAAUGAUCAUGUUCCAUAAUAUACAGUUUUACUGAGGGUGGGAGGCUGUAAUCACAGGGCUGUACUGGGAUAUAUUCUGGUUUAAUGAUAAGUUGAACACAUAUAAACAGAGAAAUCAGAUGCACUAAAUAUGGAUAUUUUACUUCUCUAAUUAGCAACUCUCUCCACAAUGUCAUACAAUCAAGCAGCACUGAGUGAGAAAUUCAGUGUGAAUUGCCCAACAUAAAGUAAUAUUUGCAAUAAAAUUUUGAACAGUGUGCUAGUAAUAAAUAAAUAAAUAAAACAAUACUUAUAUAAACAGUGUAGACUUUAAUGGUACAUAAAAAUACACAAAAAUGCACUGCAAUGAAUAAAAUAUAAUCAAAAAUGUAUUUACCCAUAAGGCAUUAAAAGUACACAAUAUUGGAGAAGAUUGGAGCGUAUAACUGCAAGACUACAAAUAAAAUAGACAGCAUUAUGCAAUUUCUGAAAAUCACAUACCGUAAUGCUGACAAAUAUUGUGGCCCUCCAAUUUUCUCCAAUUUGCUGUACUUUUAAUGCCCUGAGCGGUGAAAACAUUGUGAUUAGAUUUGUAUUUAUCUCAGUGCAUUAGGUUUUUUUGCCUUUUAUUUGGGAUUGGUGAACCUCACCAGUAUAAACCUGUACAUCUAUUCAAUCUACUAGUGGAUUACACAAGAUUUGUGCUGCACAUUGGGCAACUUGGCAUUCAGGGUUCAGCCUAGAUUUACAUUACAAAAAAAUAAAAAUAAAAAUAUUUAUAGUGCAGAAGAUACAGAGUAUCUAGAUCUUAUGUAGAUAGAGGCGAUGAAAAACCAUAAAUACCUCCAGUUAGAGCUUCAGACCUCACCAACAUAAGAGGUGAAGUAAAUAUGGAAAAUACAUAAAAGCAAUUAAAAAAAUUAAAACAAAUUUCACAUCUUACUUUGAGUAAAAUAUGUUUUCAGUGUAGACGGAAAUAGGAAGAUAACCUGGUAAGAAAUCAGUGCUGUGAUGGUGGAAGUUCCACACUUGGCUCCAAGUUCUGGGGAUGCCCCUCUACAGAUAUUUCAAGUAGGAAUGAUUCAACCUAGACAUAUCUUUAUGGUUUUAAUGAGCUGAGAAUGUUUUUUUUUUUCCCAAUUUGUGUAUUUUUUAUUUUCAGGGACAGUAACUCAGAAUCUGGCUCACAGUAUAUUCCAGAAAACAGUAAUCAGCUGACUAUACCCAACGACAAUGUCUCUAGUGGUUUGUGUGUAUGCGAAGUUGAAAAUCCAGUUGGCAGCAAAUCAGGAAGUAUCUACAUAUAUACUAAAAAAGGUAAUAUUCGUUUAAUUACAUUGUAAUAUACAUGAAUAAAAUGUAUUUGUUAUUUACACCCUGACUUGGUUUUUGCAGGGUAUCCUGAUUUUACUUAUUUUACUGUGCAUUUAAUACCUGUGUUAACACAUAGUGCAUCAGCUUGACAAAGACCAUUCAGGUGAAAACGUUGUGAGUGGCGGUGGGUUUAAUAAAAGUUGGCUUAAUUGUAUUCAUGAGUGCCUGGACCUUCUUCUAUUUUUGUCUCAUCAAGUAUUUGGUUCUUGGUACUGGGACCAGCCUGGCUGCACCCAGAUACAUAUUGUAUGGGGAUUGAGUGCAUUUCCACACCCAAGUUUCUUGGUUUGUGCUUUUUGUAAUGGCACAAGAUGAGCUAAAACCAGCUUGAGAGCUGAGCGAGGACCCACCGAAGGGAAGGCUAUUUGAGCUGUAGUCCUUCUCAGUACUCUCUGGUACUUUGUUUUUUUUCUGUACUCACUGACUUGCUUCGACCUAGACACUAAAUUUUUUUAUGGACUGCUGCUAUCUCUCCAAAAUUAAAACCUGACUCAGCCUAAAUCAGGUCUCAUAACUUAUCAAUCAUCAAUUUAAAAGACAGCUGAAGGGCAGACACAUGGGUUCAAUAAGUAAACAAGUCACGUAAAAAUUAAUCUCAAAAUUUAAGGCAAAAACUAAUAUCUAAAAGGCCAUCACACAGAUAUAUAUCUAGCAUAGCACAAAAUCACAGUUCAAUGAGGUUCAAUAGCUGGUAAAUAGUAAGCAUAAGUAUGAAAAAUAAAACUACCGACUUACUUGACAUGUGAACCUGAUAUCAUCAUGUCCAAUUUAAUUAGAAAAAUAUCUACUACUCCUAAAUUAGAAUGGAAAAACAAGAUAUAGAAAAAGAAAAGAAAGAAGAGAAAAAAACUCAUAGGGUAAUAACAUUAAUUAACAAUAAAUCCUAUUUCAAUGUUGCACUCACAAAUUGGAGGAAUGUUCAGGCUCAUCAAUAAUGUAUGGACUCUCACAGGUUUACCAUCGCUCAGAUAUCCAGUGAUGCAUGUAAAAGAUAUAAAAAAACAAAGUACAGCGCUGAUAUAAAGUAACAUCACAUGCUUAAUAAAUGCACUUACAGUAUACAAGGAGUUUAAAAGCACAUCAUACAACUCUGCGUUCUCCAAUCUUAGUGGUGAGGAGUAGAAGGUUCUUCAUAGGUGUAAUAGGCAAAAAAAGACCAUAUAUAUAUAUAUAUAUAUAUAAAACACAAAGGUUAUAAAAUAAUCUCUAUGCGUUUCGUCUAGACUUCAUCAGGAAUAAAAAAUUCAAUAGUACACAGAUAAGGUUCUAUAUUCGUUAUGAGGACCAAGGCCGUAUUUAAAAGUCCCUCUUACAGACGUCACAAUCCUUUCGGCCAAUCUGCUUUUCUCAGUUCAUAUGUUUCUAAUUGAUCGUUCAGUUUCUUCUUUAAAUGGAGUUCCUGCGGACGUCCGUGCUUCACCGAUCAGGAAGUGGUCUAUCUUAUUUCAGAAGUGAUGUUGACGUGGAUAGUGGAUAGUCAUCUCUUCACAGGGUAAUCACAAUAAGUCCUUGUUAAAUCAUUAGGUACCAAGUAAUCACAUAAAAACAAAAGUAUGUUAAAAAGUGUUAGUGGCUAAUUGUAUACAAUUAUAAAUUGUAUACAAUAGCCAAAUACAUUCAAAGAAUACAUAAAAACUACCAGCGCCGGCAGACCAGUGGAGAGCUGAAAAUAAGGUGAGUUUUAACCCAUUCUGAAGAGGCUAAGGGGGGGAGGGGGAGCAAGCCACCUAAAUGGUGGGUUUUCACUAUAGGGUCAGGAAUACAUGUUUGUGUUCCUGACCCUAUAGUGAUCCUUUAACACCAACAUUUAACUCAGUAAUUCUAAAAAAAGAGUAAGCUGCCAGACACCAACACAUAUACUAUGAGCUUGCUAGAAGGCAAUUUAAAAUUUUCCUUAUGAAAAGGUUUGUUUUUGCAGAAGAAAGAGCCAAGUUGUAUGAGCAUAACAUUAAUUUAUAGUGGAGGAAGUCAUACGCAGAAUAAGACUUCCUCCAGCAGCGUUCAGCAGUUCUAGAGCAUUUUUGGAGGUAGUGGGUCAGUUUUGUGUGCCAAAGUUGUAAUUGGUGGAGGUGCUUGAUAUGUUUCAAUGUUGUCUCAAAGUGAUCUAUUUCCCUUUAAGUCAGGAUGGUUUUUUUCAUGGCAAUUGCUUUCUAGUUAGUUUUAAUUGACCUCAAUAUAGUUUUUUUUCUGCGUAAUUGGGGAGUAAGAAAAACUACAAGAUGGUUGGGUCCUAAAUGUUAUAAUAGAGUGGGGUCUAGAAUUUAGCAUUUUUCAUCCUCUGUGUGUUCAAAGGCUCUUUCUGAAAAGCUGUAAAAAACUGGUAUGGAUGAAAAUUCUUGUUCUUAAGUAGAACAUUGGCUUAAAAAUAGAGUACAGAGAAAUGUCAUUAAAGGACCACUAUAGUGCCAGGAAAACAAACUUGUUUUCCUGGCACUAUAGUGUUAAUAGGCCCCCCUCACCCUCAUGGCCCCCCUCACGUCAGGGUAAAGGGGUUAAAAUCUUACCUUUCUCCAGCGCCGGGCUCCCUCGGUGCUGGGGCUCUCCUCCUCCUUCCGACGUCAUCGGCUGAAUGCGCAUGCGCAUCAAGAGCCGCACGCACAUUCAGCCAGUCCAUAGGAAAGCAUUAAUCAAUGCUUUCCUAUGCAUGCUGGUGUCUUCUCACUGUGAAAAUCACAGUGAGAAGUGUGUAAGUGCCUCUAGCGGCGGUCAAUGAGACAGCCAAUAGAGGCUGGAUUAACCCAUAUAUAAACAUAGCAGUUUCUCUGAAACUGCUAUGUUUACAGCAGACAGGGUUAACCCUAGAUGGACCUGGCACCCAGACCACUUCAUUAAGCUGAAGUGGUCUGGGUGCCUAUAGAGGUCCUUUAAUGGUACAUUUUCAAGCUGGACAAAAGUGGUGUCCCUCAGGGUUCUGUUAUGGGACCUUUUCUAUUUAACAUAGUUAUAAAUUAUCUUGAAAUAAGCAUUGAAAGCCAUGUUUUAGUGUUUACAGAUGACGCUAAACUGUAAAGAAAUGCAAUAUAACCAGGAUAUUACUUUGCUACAGAGGGAUUUGGAUAAUGUAGAAAAAUGCAAAGUUAUGUACUUCGGGGUAAAGAAAGCACAAACAAUUUAUACCCUAAAUGGUAGUAAAUGAGGGAUAACAACACACAAGAAGGAUUUGGGAAUUGUUAUAGACAACAAAUUGGGCAACAAUGUGCAAUAUCAAUCAGCAGUGGCUGAGGCCAGUAAGGUAUUGCCAUGUAUAAAAAGGGGCAUUACUUGGGAUGAGAAUAUAAUUUUGCCUCUUUAUAAAUCACUGGUAAGACCACACCAUAAAUAUACUGUGCAAUUUUAGGCACCUGUUGUAAAAAAGGAUAUUAUGGCACUAUAAAAAGGUGGGCUACAAAAAAGUAAAAGGAAUGGAGCAUUUUUAUUAUGAAGAAAGGUUAACAAAUUUAAAUCUCUUUAAUUUGGAAAAACGGCACCUCAGAGGGGAUAUGAUAACAUUAUACAAGUAUAUUCGGUCAAUACGAAACAUUGUCUGGAAAUCUAUUCACAAACAGGACUAUACAUAGAACACAAGGUCAUGCAUUUAGAAUGGAAGAAAGGAGAUUUAGUCUAAGGCAAAGGAAAAGGUUUUUUACAGUAAGAACAAUAAGGAUGUGGAAUUUCCUGCCUGAAGAGGUGGUUUUAUCAGAGUCUGUACAGAUGUUUAACCCCUUAAGGACCAAACUUCUGGAAUAAAAGGGAAUCAUGACGUGUCACACAUGUCAUGUGUCCUUAAGGGAUUAAACAGCAAUUGGAUAAAUAAAAACAUAAUAUACAGGGCUAUUAUUUCUAAUUAGUGGGUAAUGGCUUAUUGAUGCAAGGAGAUAUCUGAUUCAUUCAUUGCCUUCGUUUGCAUCAUGUCACGUAUUCAUCCGCACAUAAAAAUGUGGUUAAUGGCAUUUACUGUCCUGACAGGAAAAGUUGUGCCAAGCAACAUUACCGUCCUGACAGGAAAAGUUGUGUCGAGCAGAUAUCAAGCACAUGGAAACCUGGUAAUUACUUUUGGGGUCAAAGGCUGGUCAUGGCCAAUCAAAUCCACUGGAGGGUUUGUGCUGAGCAGCAAUUAUGCACAUGGAAACCUGAUAAUUGCCUUUGGGGACAAAGGCUGGUUACAGCCAAUCGGAUCCACAGGAGGGGUAUUUAAACCUAAUUCCCCUCUUGCUCAUUGCCCUGUCGUGGUUUCAUGCCUAUGGUUAUCCGAGAGUGCGUUCCUGAUCUUGAUUUUCUGGUAUUUGACUUUGGCUUUGUUUUGACUUCCAUGAUAUCUGGUAGCCUUGACUUUUGGCUUUCACUCAUCUUUGUGUCUGAUUUUGUGUCCCUGACCUCAACAAUUAUUUUAACUAUUCUUGGAGACGUUAAGUCCGGGCAUUCUAAGGUCCAGUUAUACGUUAUCCUUAGUCCUAGAUGUGACACAGUACUGCGUGCUGGAUCAACUUGUAAUCCUGACAUUACGACAUGGCCAUAGAUCCUGCAGAAUUGUAUCAGCACCAGGGCCGUCUUUAACGCGGGGAAAACGGGGCAGCUGCCCCGGGCCCAGUUUCUCUUUGGGGGCCCGAUGCACCUGCCCCGUGGGCCCCGCUGCCCUCAUCAAUUUAUUUUUUUCCCCCGUCCCACCGGGUGGCCCAUGCACUUAGGGCAGUGGCGUACAUACCAGGGUCGCGGCUGCAACCCUGGUAUGCACCCACAGGGCCAGCGUCUUCCCCUGGGGGGCCCAGGAGGCGGCCACCCCAGGGCCCCCCGAGGCUGGCCCUGCUGACACCCGGCGGGCAGGUGGCCGGUCGGGCAGGAAGGCGGGCGCGCGAGGGAGCACUCAGUGCUUCCUCUUCAGCUCCCUCGCGCACCGCACUGAUACCGGAGCCGGAAGAUGACGUCAUCUUCCGGCGCCGGCAUCCCUACGCGGCGCGCGAGGGAGCUGAAGAGGAAGCAGUGAGUGCUCCCUCGCGCGCCCGCCUUCCUGCCCGACCGGCCACCCGCCCAGGGUCAGCAGCACCACUGGACCCCAGGGAAUCCCCCCAGCACUCCAAAAGGUAAGGAGGCUGGGGGGAUUACAUUUAAAAAAAAAAUGUGUGUUUAUGUGUUUGUGUGUUAGUGUAUGUGUGUGUUAGUGUAUGUGUGUUAGUGUGUGUUGUGUAUGUGUGUUAGUGUGUGUUUGUGUGUUAGUGUGUGUUAGUGUAUGUGUGUUAGUGUGUGUUUGUGUGUUAGUGUGUGUUAGUGUAUGUGUGUUAGUGUGUGUGUUUGUGUGUUAGUGUCUGUGUGUCAGUAUGUCUGUCCGUGUGUCAGUAUGUCUGUGUGUGUUUUUGUCAGUAUGUAUGUCUGUCUGUGUGUCAGUAUAUCUGUGUGUGUGUGUUUCAGUAUGUCUGUGUGUGUGUGUCAGUCUGUCUGUGCAUGUCAGUAUGCCUGUCUGUGUGUGUGUCAGUAUGUCUGUGUGUGUGUGUCAGUAUGUCUGUCUGUCUGUGUGUCAGUAUAUAUGUGUGUGUGUAUAUCUGUGUGUGUCAGUAUGUGUGUGUCAGUAUGUCUGUCAGUGCGUCAGUAUGUCUGUUAGUGCAUGUGUAUGCAUGUGUCAGUAUAUCUGUCUGUGUGCCAGUAUGUCUGUGUGUGUGUGUGUCAGUAUAUCAGUCUGUGUGUGUCAGUGUAUGUGCCUGUGUGUGUGUGUCAGUAUUUCUCAGUGUAUGUGGGUGUCAGUAUAUCUGUCAGUGUGUGGGUGUCAGUAUUUCUGUCAGUGUAUGUGUGUCAGUAUGUUGAUCAGUGUAUGUGUCUGUGUGUGUGUGUGUCGGUAUGUCUGUAUAUGUGCCUGUGUCAGUAUGUCUGUCAGUACGUCUACCAGUGUAUGUGUCUGUGUGUGUGUCAAUAUAUGUACCUGUGUCAGUGUGUCUGUCAGUGUAUGUGCCUGUUUAUCUGUAUGUAGUCAGUGUAUGUAUCUGUGUAUCUGCUUGUGCGUCAGAGUGUGUACCUGUGCAUCUGAGCCGCAACUUUAAAUACAAAUACACCCCUCCAUUCAAACUUCAACACUACAUAUAAAACACACUCCUGCAUUGAAACGUCAACACUACAUACAAGCACACUCCUACAUUCAAAAACAAACACUACACAUAAAUGCACACUUGCAUUCAAACUCCAGUACCACAUACAAACACAUUCACACAAACAUACUCCAUACAAACACAUGCUUACAUUCAAACAUACAAACAUGGCUCAGUGCUAAAUACAACCCUGCAAGCAUGGGAAAUUGGUAGAGUCCCAGCUGUCAAAGCAUUGUUGGAGUUGCACGACAGAUGGGGUUCUACCUUUAGUCCAACCUUGCAAUUGGGGGUCCCAAUAAAAUUCAUUCUACUUUAGUACCGCCACUGCGUUGGGAUGGAUGCCGUGAUUGCAUACCAGGGAGUGAGGGGCGAGAGCGGCAGGGCCCAGGGGGCCCAAGCAAACACUUGCCCAGGGUCCAUUCGUUAUUAAAGACGGCCCUGAUCAGCACAUAGCAGCUUGUGAGAGAAAGCUAGAGUAGAGUGAUCACUGUAUGGAUCAAUUUGCCCAGGCUUUUAGCACACUCCUUACUAGGACAGCUCAUUUACAACCUGAGGCUUUUCCAAUUAUGUCACCACUGCCUAACGUACCUCCACCUAUAGUAUAUAAGGCACCUAUGAUCUCCUUAUCUCCUCCCCCACAUUUUUCUGGUAAUAUCCAGGAAUGUAGUGGAUUUCUCAAUCAGAUUGAGUACCACUUUGAGGCCUCACCUGGUUAAUUUCCUUCAGAUAGAGCUAAGAUUGGGUAUCUGAUGAACCAACUUAAAGGUAAUACUGGAAUGGGAUAGAGACUGUUAGGAAAGCUGCAUGUUACCCAUUUCUUAAAAAGUGGGCAUCGUUGCUUUACCCGCUGCUACGUCACCGACUCCCAAAAUUCCCAUACAGUAUUGGGAGGUUAGAGAGGCGUUUAGAAAAAGCCAGACUAAUGCUCUUCCUCCACACAGAUCUUAUGUUUGUUCCAUUGAUCUGUUGCCUGGGGCUAUGCCUCCUAAAGGAGAGGUAUAUGCCCUAUCCCCACAAGAAAGUAAAAUCGUGGAUGAGUACAUCAAGGAAUCUUUAAGUAAAGGCCGUAUACGUAAAUCAUCCUCACCUGCUGAUGCUGUGUUCUUUUUUGUACCUAAGAAAGAUGGAGAAUUACGACCUUGCAUAGACUACAGGGCAUUAAACAAGAUUACUAUAAAAAAUGCCUAUCCUAUUACCCUUAUAUCCGAAUUGUUUGAUAAACUCCAGGGUGCUAAAAUCUUCACUAAGCUUGACCUUAGGUGUGCGUACAAUUUGGUUAGAAUUAGGGAGGAUCAUAAAUUGAAGACAGUGUUUAACACUAGGAGUGGGCACUACUAAUAUCUUGUUAUGCCCUUCGGGUUAUGUAAUGCUCUGGCCGUAUUUCAAGACUUCAUUGAAAUAUCAUUAAUGAUGUACUCAGAGACUGUAUUUACUCUUUUGUGCUUGUAUACCUGGAUGAUAUCCUUAUUUAUUCUCCCGACAUCCAAACUCAUCAUGAUCAUGUCAAACAAGUUUUACAAACUUUGCUUAAAAAUGGUCACUAUUGUAAACUUGAGAAAUGCGUAUUUGAUCAACAAGAGAUUCAGUUUUUGGGGUAUAACAUUUCUGCCUCUGGUUUCCAAAUGGAUCCUUGCAAACUAGAGGCCAUUCUACAAUGGCCAUUAACCAGUGGGUUAAAAGCCAUACAGAGGUUUAUUGGUUUUGCUAACCAUUACAGGAGAUUCAACAAAGCUUUCUCUUCAGUAAUAGCCCCCAUCACCAAUAUGACACGCAAGGGGGCUAAUUAUACUAUAUGGCCUAAAAAAGCUAAAGAGUCUUCUGAGCUUCUUAAACAAAUGUUCACAUCUGCUGACAUAUUAAGACACUAGUAAAUCUUUCCUACUUGAGGUUGACACCUCCGAGACAGUGGUCGGGGCUGUUCUUUCUCAGAGAGAGUCAGGAUGCCCCUUUGCAUCAUUGUGGUUACUUCUCCAGAAAGUUGUCUCCUGCCGAGUGUAACUAUGACAUUGGUAAUAGAGAACUGUUAGCCAUCAUACUAGCACUUAAGGAAUGGCGACAUCUUUUGGAGGGUUCCAAGGAUCCCAUUCUGAUUAUUACUGAUCUCAAGAACCUGGCAUAUAUUGGUGAUGCCAAACAACUGUCUUCUAGACAAGCUAGGUGGUCAUUAUUUUUGUCUCGCUUUAACUUCAUUCUCACCUACAGACCCGGUUCUAAGAACGUUAAAGCUGACGCUUUGUCUAGGCAAUUUGACAUUGAAUCGGAUCUAGAACAAGAGACAUCCCCUAUUAUUUCUCCUGAGUGUAUUAUUGCAUCCACUGUCCUUUCUUUAUCGUCCCCUUUGCUCCAUGCUAUCAUGGCGGCUCAGCCCUAGGCACCUUGCAACAAACCUCAAUAUAAAUUGUUUAUUCCAUUGUGUGACAGGAAAGAGUGCUGAAGGUGUUCCAUGACAAUGUGACCACUGGGCAUCCGGGUAUUAAUAAAACUGUAUCCGCCAUUUCUAGGUCAUUUUGGUGGGAGUCACACCCUUGUGAGUGACUCCCACCAAAAUGACCUGGAAAUGGCGGAUACAGUUUUAAAGAUUAUGUAGAAGCCUGCUCUGUCUGUGCAGUUUCAAAGGUUCCUCAUAAACUUCCGUGUGGAUUGUUACAGCCACUUCCUAUACCCAGUAUCUCAUGGUCUCAUUUAUUGAUGGAUUUCAUUGUUGAACUGCCUAGUUCCAGUGGGUAUACCACCAUCCUCAUGGUAGUUGACCGUUUUUCCAAAAUGGCACACUUUACUCCACUUAAUUGCCUUUGGGGUUAAAGGCCGGUUACAGCCAAUCGGAUCCACAGGAGGGGUAUUUAAACCCAAUUUCCCUCUUGCUCAUUGCCCUGUUGUGGUUUCAUGCCUAUGGUUAUCCGAGAGUGCGUUCCUGAUCUUGAUUUUAUGGUAUUUGACUUUGGCUUUGUUUUGACUUCCCUGAUAUCUGGUAUCCUUGACUUUUGACUUUCCCUCAUCUUUGUGUCUGAUUUUGUGUCCCUCACGUUGGCAAGUAUUUUGACUAUUCUUGGAGAAGUUAAGUCUGGCCACUCUAAGCUCCGGUUAUACGUUAGCCUUAGUCCUAGGUGUGACACAGUACUGCGUGCUGGAUCAACUUGUAAUCCUGACAGAUCAACAGUAAAAACAAAUGUGAGAAAUGCUGAACUUGAUGGACGCAAGUCUCUUUUCAGCUAUGUAACUAUGUAUGUAUGCAUUUCAAGAAAAUGGUUCAUCUAUGGAAAUCGCUUUGGUAUGCCAAUUCUUCAAGACAGAGAUUUCAUAGCAUUGUUUAUUUACACAUUCCCAUUUCUCCAGCCAGCAAGCCGUUCCUCAUCUUCAAAAGUCAGGAGAUCUUUGUUACGAGUGCAGAGCACUUCCAUUCAGCAUGUUGUCAACCCAAAGGUUUUCACAAUGAUUCUGUCAAUCCUAGGGGUUCACUAAAGAAAUUAGAAGUAUACAUUGUCCCUUACUCGAAUUGCUGACUAACUAACGAAGGUUAACAAGGAGACAAGAGGAGGAGACAGAUACACAGAUAGAAUCACAUACCAAGGAUGAUCACAGCACUUGAAACAGAAAAGACAAGAACUGCACUCGUCCAAAGGAGCCACUCAAGGUGAUAAACGAAUCGAGGUUGGCACCUCCAUAUACAUUAGACAUUCCAAAGGAAGUCCAGACACACAAGGGCUCAAUAAUUGGCAGUUUAUUGGGUCUUCAUGUAUAGAAAGAAAAGCAACAUUUUGACCUCACAAAGAGGUCUUUGUCAAGCUACCCCCACAAUAGGAACAAACUCCUUUUAUAGAGAACAUUACAGAACACAAAUAUGUGACACUAAUUAUUUACUCAAUCUACCAUCCAAGUUCGAUGCCAUGCCAUGACAUUUAGGAACUUAGAAGCACCUGAUUGAAAGAUCGAAACAUCAUGAUGUAAUCAGUGCACCUACCUGCGUAAAAGAAUGAGACCCGGCAACGUCAUAGCCCCAGUAUGGAAUAUGGUGACGUGAAAAACAAAUCUACCCAGCAGGUCUACAUAUAAAAGAGUCGAAUAAAAAUAGUAAAAGUAAGGCAUCUCAAAGGUAUAUCUCUAUGGCAACGCGUCCGCACAAAGAGAGAGAAAAAUAUAAAAAAUAUGGAAAACAAUAAAUAAAUCUUGCAGAGCUUCUUCAACCUAAUAAGAGUUGGAAAGAUAGGCUAAUAAAAUACAUACCAAGAUCAUAAAGUUCAUCACCAUAGCAUAUACUGUUUUUUUUCAAUACCACACUUGACAUAGUUACAUAUACACUGAACAAAAUUAUAAAUGCAACACUUUUUUUUUUUUUUCAUUUUUCAUGAGCUGAACUGAAAGAUCUUUUUCUAUGUACGCAAUGAUUUUGCUAUGAUUGUUGCAGCAGUUGUCCGGGUGGCUGGUCUCAGACGAUCUUGGAGAUGAAGAUGCUGGAUGUGGAGAUCUUGGGCUGGUGUGGUUAAACAUGGUCUGAGGUUGUGAGGCCGGUUGGAUGUACUGCCAAAUUCUCUGAAACACCUUUGGAGACGGCUUAUGGUAGAGAAAUGAACAUUCAAUUCACAGGCAACAGCUCUGGUGGACAUUCCUGCAGUCAGCAUGCCAACUGCACGCUCCUUCAAAAUGUGCGACAUCUGUUGCAUUGUGCUGUGUGAUAAAACUGCACAUUUUAGAGUGGCCUUUUAUUGUGGCCAGCCUAAAGCACACCUGUGCGAUAAGCAUGCUGUCUAAUCAGCAUCUUGAUAUGCCACACCUGUUAGGUUGAUGGAUUAUCUCGGUAAAGGAAAAGUGCUCACUAACACAGAUUUAAACAGAUAUGUAAACAAUAUUUGAGAGAAAUAGGCCUUUUGUGUACAUAGUAAAAGGUCUUAGAUCUUUGAGUUCAGCUCAUGAAAAAUAGGGGUAAAAACAAAAGUGUUGCGUUUAUAAUUUUGUUCAGUGUAAAUAAAUCAACAAUAUUUAGCAAUUCCAAACUUGUAAAUAAAACAUUUGAAAAAACUUUUUUAAUAAUAAAAAGAAAUAAAACAUCAACAGUGAGUAAGCAUACUGGCAAAUCUAAUUCAUAACAAGAGAAGGAAAAUAAAUAUGAAUAAUUAUUAAUUAGAAGAUUUAAUACCAAAAUUAAUUAUCCUUAUUUCAUUGAUCAAAAUUAAGCAGUAAUGUGCAUGUAAGGUGUACAUGAUACAUAUCAAUAGAAAAGGUGAUAUUAAAAUGCUCAAAUACUCAACAAAGUAGUUCAAUUGUGAUAUACAAGAGGUAUACAUAAAACACACACACUAAAAGUAACAGUGUUAAAUAUUCCACAAAAUCUUGGAUAUGAAACAUUUUUUUAUCAAGUUUGCUGGUAUAGAAAGAGUUUCAAUAAACCAGAAGGGUGGGGACUUGGAUCUCCUUCUCAGAAGGCGUGAGUGCUACUGGAUAUAUCAGUUGAAUAUCUUGUCUCCUAAUGGUAUAACUGAAGGGAUUCACAUUCACUUAAUUUAUUGGCUAUUAAAGGUGUAAUUGUGAAAUUAUUGUGGGUUUAUUUGUAAAUAGUGUAUAUAUCUUUUUGCUGUAUAUUUUGAGACUUCAAUGUUCUACCGGCAUCCAGCUGUCUAUUUGAAAUACAGGCUUCCCCAUUUUGAUACAUCCCAUGUCAGGGAUACGCAACCUGCAGCACUGCCGAUGUUUUGGACUACAUAUCCCAUAACGCUAUUAUACCCAUAAAGCUGGCAAAGCAUCAUGGGAGGUGUAGUCCAAAACACCUGGAGUGCCUAAGGUUGCCUAUGCUCGAUUAAGUGUAAUUAUUGCAUGGUUAUCUAUUAGUAGAUUAUCUGGACAAUAGCCCUUUACAGUUUUAUUGGGUACUCUGCCUAUUAAUAAUUACUACACAAUAUAUAUAUAUGAAUCCUUUUUGCUUUCACUUGGUCUCUAGUUGUAUAUGUCACUGGAGACAUGACACCAUUACUUAUUGUACGAUGGAGCGUCCAUCAGAUAUGUGCUUUAGUUUUGCUGUAUAUAUUUAGGUGUAAUUAUAUUGUUUUUCAGCGCCCGAAUUACUACUGGCUUUCUGUUUAGGCUCUUUGUUUGGUUUAUUCCAGUCCUAAUUUUGAGCAAUAGGAUCACCUGCUCUAUAUAUAUUUUUUCUAAAGUAGUUUGAGCAGUUUAUAAACAGACCAUAAAAUAUAAAAAUGAUCUAGAUCAUUUGCUUUAUGACUUUCGUUUGGGGAACAGCUUUGUGUGUUCUCAUACACACAAUAAAAGUGGAUCCAGUAAUCCAUACUGUUGUGUAUGCCUUGGAGGUUUAUUUUGGAUGUAUACGUUUGUAUUGUGUCUCCCCUUUGAACAUUCAAGGGGCUGUUCAUGCAAAUCACUAUUCGCCUAUGCCUUAUGAAGGGUUUCUCAUUUCAGCACAUCACGGCACGAAAGGGAUGGCCUUUUGGGUCUUUCUUCUCCCUAUCUUAUAUAUUUACCAAUAGUAGGCGUUCGGGGUGGAGUUCAUUUGUCUGACUAAGUGCCUGGUGCCCUGCUCGCAAGUGAUUGCUAGUCAACAUUUAUUUAUUCCCCGUAUAUGGUUUCUAAUUUUUGCAAAUCGCAGCAUGAAUGGGUUUGGAUUUCAGGUCUUUCUCUUCCCUGGCUUUGAUUAACCAAUUUUUAGACAUUCGGGGCGGAGUGUACAUUCGUGGCUGUUGCCAUGUUUCCAUAUGGGGUUAAUCUCCUCCUUUGGAGGCUGUGAUUGGUGGACUGUGAUAUCUACCGGGUAGGAUUGUAUAUUUAGAGGCACAUAUAAUUUUUGUUUUUUUGCCCCAGACGAAGGUGCAUUUUUGACGCUGAAAUGCAUGUCGGGAAACUAGCUUUCCACUCAUGUCUUUGUUUCACUUUUAUUUGGAGCCCAAUAUGUAAAGUUCUCACUGUAUUUUUCUGCUGAUAGGGAGGGGGAUGUAGGAAUUCAGGGCUAUCUAUACAAUACACAAUAUACAUGCCAUUCUAUACACUUGUCUUAGCAUGCUGCUCUAUCAGUCUAUAGUUACUUUGUGUUUAGAGUGGGGUUGAUCUUCUAACCCUGCAGAUUCCUUACCAUACUUGGCUUAUUACGUUGUAUAAUUGUACUCAGCUACUUUGUGUUUUUAGCCAUACACAGGCUUAUAGCCGUGUCUAUCAAAACCAGCCAAUUUGUUGCCAUUCUCACCUGGUACAUCACCAGUAGAGCUGUCCAACAACAUUGUGUUUAAAUUAUUAAUUUGAUCUUUUGAGAACAAAUUCUCUGGGGGUAACCUUACAUUAGACCCUCAGGAAUUGCUCAUUUUGUGAACUGGCACUUGGGCUUUGUUGUACUAUGGCUAUUACUUUAGGCAAGUGUUGCCUGUCCCUAUCUUGCAUUUUAGUCUAAAUACUUUUAAUGUGUAUUUUUCAAUUUCUCAUUUUUUGUCUUUUGAUAAUUUAAACAAUAAAGAUUUUCUUAUUUUACUUUUAUAUUGUUUUGUGAGGGACCUCCUAUUUCUGUAGUUCCUGUGGGUUACCCCCACUAGAGAAACACAUGCUAUUUAGUUUCCUUGUGGAACCUUUGUAUCAUUUAACUCCAUAUUAAUGCUGAUAGUUUUAGAAUGAGAUGUCCAAUAAGCACGUAGUGUAUUUUCAACUUGUGUGUUUUGUUAAAAUUAUUUGACUUUUUUUUGGAAAAUUAAGAUAUGACUUUCCUAAUCACUUUUUAUGAAGAUUAUGCUUCAUGUUUCUCAGUCUCAAUGGUACAUUUUUAAUUUAUUUUUUUUUAAUUUUUCAGAGUCUCCCAAUUCCUCAUGUAUUCGCCUGGUGUUUCCAACUCUGAGCAUUCUUGUAUUUGGCGUUGCUGUUGCUGUUCUUCUUUAUCACUUUUGGAAGAAAAAGAAGGCUAAAAGGUAUCAUACUUAAAAUAAACAUAAUUUGUGUUUUAUAUACGAAAACAAGAAUCUAUGUGUAAAAUUAACUUAAUUGGUUUCCAUACCUAACAAAUAAAAUGUGUCUGUCUAUCUGGACUAGUGGUUCCCAAUCCUAAAGACCCACCAACAGUCCAGCUAAUGUAUUAUAACAGUGAGCAGCCACUGACUGCUUACUGUUUAGUGGACAUGCCCCAACUUUGGAAAUCAUAUUGAACCACAUUUUAUUUAAAGGACCACUAUAGGCACCCAGACCACUUCAGCUUAAUGAAGUGGUCUUGGUGCCUGGUCCAUCUAGGGUUAACCUGCUAUAUUUACCUAUGGGUUAAUCCAGCCUCUAGUGGCUGUCUCAUUGACAGCCGCUAGAGGGCUUCCGCGCUUAUCGCUGUGAUUUUCACAGUGAGAAGACGCUUGCGUCCAUAGGAAAGCAUUGUGAAUGCUUUCCUAUGGACUGGCUGAAUGCGCGCGCGGCUCCUGCGCAUUCAGCCGAAGACGAGGAGAGGAGGCGGAGAGGAGGAGGAGAGCUCCCCGCCCGGCGCUGGAGAAAGAGGUAAGUUUAACCUCUUCCUCCACCUAGAGCCCGGCGGGAGGGGGUCCGUGAGGGUGGGGGCAUCCUCAGGGCAUUGUAGUGCCAGGAAAACGAGUAUGUUUUCCUGGCACUAUAGUGGUCCUUUAAGUAUUUGCUUGCGGAUUGCUAGUGUGAGCACCAAUUAGAUUAGCACAAUCUGUACACAAUCAACCUAUAGAUUUAUAAAUGUUAAAUAAGAACACCUAAUUAAAUAUUCAAAUUCUGUUGACUGUUUAUCAUGCCACCCAAUAACUACAUGAGACAAUUUAAAUGAUGCAUGGGUUAGGACUUCAUAACGUGGACAGAACCAUUUGCAAACUGCUUAAUUAAACCCAGCUGUCAAUUGCAGGACAUGCAUUAAGCGUGCAUAGAGGGUGUGUUGGAAGUGCCCGGGCACAUCAUAAUGCAAGAUCAAAUUGCAUAUCCCCUCUUUAGGUGUAUACGGGCAUUAUUUAUUAUUAUUGUUUAGGUUAGCAUGCUAUGUUUUUGAAGAGAAAAUAUGACUAUUUAUGUGGAUAUCUUGUUAUUGGAACAAAAAAUUUAUAUUUUGCACCCCAUUUUUCAUUGGUAUAUUUUUUUUAAAUAAUUCUAUAGAAAACACAAAAAUUAAUUUCUUACUCUAUAGUGUUUCCACACAUAUGUGGGCGCACCCCAACAUCCUGCAGGGGUUUAAAAGGUAAGCUUUACUUAUUUUUACAUUUCAAAGUGCACUACUGUCUGAGCUACUGAUUCAUCUCCCUGGCUAAUCUUAGCCAAUCAAAUGCUUCCCUAAAACGACCCACUGCACCAAUCAAAUUCUCUCUAGGAGAGUAAUUUGAGUUACAAAAGAGUUUAACUCGGUUACAGCUGAAGAAGCAACUCUAGUGGCUGUUUUUCUGCAAAAACGCAAUGUUUUCAGUUGCAGGGUUAAACAGACAAGGGCAUGGCACCCAGACCACUUCCAUGAGAUCGUGGUCUGGGUGCCUAAAUAAUCCAUAUAAAUAAGAUUCCAAUAGUAAUAUUGUCUGGGUGCACACCCUACGUCUGGGUGCACACCCUACAUACAGUAUUGUCGUAGUUUGACUUGAAUGCCUCCAUCGGGCUAAUGAGAACCCUCUUUCCAAGGUUUGUAUACAAAGUUUCCAUACUGUGUAAUGUUUGCUGUAAUCAGUUGGUGUUUGUGAAGAGAACUAGCAUAGAUGAGUAAUUAUUAUAGCAGGGCGGGAAAGCCCCCUCCAAGUAACAAGCUCUCUCUGACACCUGCUGAGCUGCACACCGGCAAGCCUGGACCAAGAGCGUCACAAGCAUCUUACCUCUCUGAUGCAUUCUCAGGUAUGGAGACACAACUGCCGAAAGUGACAACCUCUUGCUGACCCGCAUGCUGUCUCUGGAGGGAGAAGAUACAAAUAAGUGAGGGCCCCAUUCAUAGGGCCAUGUGCGCGGUUAGUCAAAACUGAUCAGGGUGAUUUUAAUAUAUGUUGGUCCCCCAGAUCGGGGCUAUCAGAGGAUUUAACUUUUGUGGGGUUUCUAUGUAUUGUGGAGGUACUUUUGGGAUGUUGUUAAAAUAUAUGUUUUCUGUGCCUAGAGAUAAUUGAGUUUAGUACAGUUUCUGACUCAAUUAUCUCCAAGGCACAGGGGAGGGAUUACCUUGUUUUGUGUGGGAGUGUCCAUUGGGGAAUGUUUGGCUUAUGUUAGAGUAAACCCCUUGCAUGGGGACUUGCAAAUAAGGCCAGCAUUUCCUCUUCACCCUCAGCAUAGAGCCUUGCCUCAUGUGUGGAGAGGACAGCUUUAUUCAUUCUGGGGAUUGCUAUAAUCACUAUACUCCCUUGGAUUAAAACACUAGCUCUAUAACUAUCCUGCUAUACUCUCUGGAGUCGGAGAGGUCUACCCACUGGAAGCUGGAUCUCUGACUUGGGUCCAGGGUGGGUGGAGGACUUCAAGACCCCAGCCAAGCUGCGGCAGCUGUGGGGUUUAUGGUGGUUAUGAUGUCUGGUGUGGUGCUUAUGGUACUCAAGGAUUGCUAGGAAGCAGCGAUUGGCGGAAUCACCUGGUCGGGGUGCCAGGCGGUUCGUCACAGUGUUAUGGGGCUGAGGAUAAGCCACAAAGAUAGACUGGCUUACUUGAUCAUCCUUCAGUGGGGUUACUUUAUCCUGAAUACAUGAUUUGCUGCAGCAGCCUUACAUUAUGAAGAUGCUGCUUUGUAAGUUCUCAACCUGGGCAAGCUAAAGUGAGCUAAGCACAUGGUACCAUACACAUUAUAGAAUUAAAUAGGGAUUUUAAUUCUUUUUCUCCAUUUAGGGAAAGCACUGACCUGAUAGCAAUGCACUCUAACACCUCAGAAGAAGAUAAAGGCAGUGGCUGUUCCAAACCCAAUCUUGGUAAGAGGCACUAAUCGUUUACAUAUAUACAUACAUACACACACAUGGGAUACACAUACACACACAUUAUACACACACACACACACACACACACACACACACAUCUACACAUGCACAACUCUUUUAUUAUCAUCAUUUGCCUAUCCCCAUUAAUCUCUACUAGUGGACUUCUUCCCAUUUGCCUCCUUGUAUCUCUCCCCAUAGUGCCUUUUUCCAUAACACUUAUGUCCUUUUAUCCUGAUUCUCUGCCCCACCUUUUGUUCUUUUCUUUAUAUCCCCCCCACCUUCUGUCUCUUUCCUUAUAUUAUUCCCCCAUACCCUCACUUUUCCCUAUAUUCUGUCCCCUCUCUCUCUCUUCUCUCUGUCUCUGUUUCUCUCUCCAUAUUCUUCCCACUACAACUUCAAUUUUCUGCCCCCCCUCUCAGUAUUCUUCCCUGUCUGUCCAUUUUCCCAAUUAGAUAUGUAUUUACCCCAAACCAUUAGCGUGACUAAGCAGCAUGGGACUUAGUCUUCAAGCUGUCAUUUCCCAUCACUAUCCAGAUGUGCCGCCGAGAGCUGUGAGGAGGAGGUGGUGAUAGAGUCUAGUUACAUCAGUUCUCUUAACUUACAAAUGAUAGCCCAGCUUACUGAUGGCUCUCCAGUCCCAUGGUGCUUAGUGACUGCACAGUGUAUACAGCUACAAGCUACAUAAUGUAAAAGUAACCUGACCUGGGUACCUGUCCUGCAUGGUGGGAUUGGCGGGGUUGGCGGAGUUUGCUUUACUUUCCUUAACCACCCCUGUAUAAAGGUAAGAAAACACAUGCAAAUUCUAAUAAAACGUCAAACUCUAAAUAUCUAUUUAGCCUCUCUAAUACACAAUAGACUUAUAAGUAUACCCAAAUUAGUUAUGCAACACAAUAAUGUCCAUUUCCUUAACAGUUAACUUGUCAGUUUUAUUUGAUAUAAAUUAAGUUGACUCUACAAGCAUGUGAAAACUUAAACUUUUACGUUAUUACAUCAGCAUCCAAGGAAUUGAUCUUUGACUGCCAGAAGAGCCAUAUACACUUCAUAUAUAUAAUAUAUUUAGUAUUUAGUAUUGUGCUUUCUUUACAUAUAUAAUAUUCAAGCAACAGCUUGCCAAACUGCUCAAAUGUGGUUUGACAAAAAAAACUGGGGGUGUGGAACGUAAAGUCAUAAAAUGUUUCAGCGGUUAUGGUGCUUGGAGAAAACACUAUAUAACUAGUUAUAUCAGAGUUUGAAAUUUACCCCUUACUUCUCCUACACGUGCAGGCAACCAAUCCACCUCCACCAUAAGGGUGGAGAUAAAAUAAUUCAACAUAUGUGAUGAGAGGUAGUUUAUAUGGCUGCUUUGAAUGGCCUGCAAUUCAUGCAUACUAAUUAUAAUGCUCUGUAGGCUCUGUUACAGGGCUAUGAAAUGUUAGGUUUAGAAGAUUGCUAGGUCCUCUCAAGGUAUUGUGUUCUGUUCUGUAAUGCUCCUGUUUGAAAUUUUUUUUCCCCACUUUUGCAUUUUAUACAGAACCUGCAUUGGAGAACGACUGGUCCACCGUUCGUGUUUAUACUUAGAAGACUUUAGAGCCUCACAGCACUCAACACAAUGUUACUUCACUAAAUAAAUGCAACAACUUAUUUGUUUCAAUACAGUCAUCUGAUUUCCACAGUGAUUUGCUGACGUGUAAAACCAUGUUCUCUUAUUACAAGAUACUACAUGAUGUACCUGGUAUUUUCUAUUCCCGUACUGCACUCAUGGUGAUAUCUUCUGUGCAUUAUUGCUAAUGGGGGUGAAUAAUGUAUUUUUCACCAUUAUAAAGUACUAGGUUUCUAAUGUCAUGUAGUACAAAAACAAACAUUUUCCAUAUAGAUAAUGGCAGUACUACAGCAGGGAUUUUGCUUCCGUUAUGUUUCCUCUACAGGCAGCACGUCAGAAACAUUUAAUAAAUCCGAUUUGUACCACCCCAAACUCGACCUCUUAGGGUAUAAGAACAGUACCAAACAUAUGAAUGCCAGUUUUCUGCAUGUCAUCUCAGCGAACAGCUUCUAGGUAGCAUUUUGGAGGGCAUUGUUGGUGCCAUAAAUUAAAUUCAACACCACCAGUGCCAUCACCUGUUCACCCUGUAUACUGGAGAGACGUUUUUAAAGUAGGAAAGUAUGUUUUUCUUUACUUUAAAAGCUUCUUUGGGGAUUCUUGUGACCAAGUUAGUUAAGUACUACUUUUCUGGUAUUGUCCCCAAGAUGUCAAACACACCUGAGGUUCAAGAAUCCCCUGUGAAACCUGAGAGAUCUAAAGCUGUUUCAAAAACAAAACACCAUUAUUGCUCUUUGUGUAGCAUUUCUUUGCCGGAUGGGUGUAAAACAAACUUUGUAAUACAUAUGUAAAAUAAGCUGCAGAGACAGCUGUACAAACAGAAAUAUCUUCUAUUUUUAGCUGGUUCCAGCAAACUUUAAAACAGACAUUUCAGGAUAUUAAAGCGGCACUGUCAUGCCGAACUUACCUUUCCCCAAUUAAUUUCUCUUCUCUCCCUCUCUCAGGAUCUGUUCUUCAUUUCUUCUUGUCUGCUCUAAUUUUCUUUAAAACAUUAGUAGGAACUACUUUGUCUUAUGUAUUUUUCCUACGCUUGACCCAGGGUAGGAGCUUAAGUCCGCUCCAUUUCCUGUGGUCAAAUACAUUUUCCCACAAUACUCACUUCUCCGUGAUCUCUAGUUGCUUCAUUCGCCAUUCGAACGCUGGGGUAACUACCGAAUUUCGUCCUAACAAAACAAGUAUAGUUUGUCCAUUCUUGUUAGGAUGAAAUUCAGCAUUUUGUUCCGUUCGAAAUUUCAUCUGCAUUAAUGAAAUUUCGAUCCAGUUACUGCCACGGCUGCAUCUUGCAACCACUUAGUAGAUAACUCUAUAAUUCCCACGGUAAUCUAUGGUAUUAGUGAGCCAUCUACUAAAAGGCUGAAAUGCCAAAAUCGGUCUUUUAGCCAUCUUUACUAAUAGUUACAAGUUGAAAUAUAAUCUUAUUUGUGUAUUUCUGAAUCACUUUGUUAAGGGGAUUUGGGUAUAAACAGGUUAAUUUGAGCAUGAACUGUAAUUUUAAAUUUCACACAAUUGUACUGAUGACAUAUUUGCAAUUAGUUUAGUGAAUACAAGGUCAGUCAGCACUGAGAAUCCUUUCUAGGUGCACCUGUUACAACGUGACAAGGUGAGACCGUUACAACUUGUUUUGGUGAGCUUUGUUUGUUGUUUUAUAAAUAAUACGUCAAUUCAGAUAAUAAAGGAACAUGGCAAAGUUGUUAUGGUCUUAGGAACACAAUCUAAGUGUUCUGCACUGGACUAUGCGUCUAUCACUGUAUUAUUGGCAGCUAUAGCAGGAAGACCUGCAAUAUGAGAGGGAGGCCUCUCUCUCUCAUUUGAUGAGAGACCAAACAGAGGUAACCUCUUUGCUGAGGUCAACUUACACCAGCUGAGGGAAAAGCUCUGCAUUAGGGUUGGUAUAGGGUAAUGUAAGGCUUGGUAAAGGGUUUGGGUUAGAGUUGGUGUAGGGAAGGGUUAGUGUUGAUGUUAGGGUUUGUACUAGGGUUGCUUGAAACGAGUUGAAAUCCUAGACAUAUUAGGUAUUUAACUGUUAGUAUUAGUAAGUGAAUCUAUUUUGAGAUUAUUUUUCUUUAGUUCUUUUUAUGAUGAAGAAAUUAUUAUAAACAAAACCUUUUACCUUUUUUAUACUGAAAUUAUUUAUAAAUAUUGUAUUUACUCCCCUUAUUUGAAAUGACUGUCAUCAUCACUCUAGUUUUUUAAAACACUAAGCAAAAUUACUAAUUUUCCUUGUGUAGAGCAGUCAGGUUGGCAAAAUUGACCAUAGGAGGAGCUAAAGCAAGUUUAUGUUCCAGCUGCCAAUCAAAGUUUCCCACAAUCCAUCAGUAAAAUCAAUCCUGCAGAACGGUACACAGUAGACAUUAUGGCAGAGGAGAACCAUAUGGCUGCUCCCAGAUACUGAGAUCCACCACAAAGAGAGAUGAUAAUUUUUAAAAUAAAGGCAAGUGGCAAGGAAGUGAGUAUAAUAAAUAAAAUACAAAGGACAUAAGAAGAAAACAUGAACACUUUAAGGAACACUUACUCUAGGAGGGUGUUUUAUAUAAAAUUUAUAUUAAAGAAUUAGCAAUUGACAUCACAAGUCAGAAAAAAUCCAGCCAGGACACAUGUUGUGUUGGAGGAGAAAAAGAAAAAAGGGGGACAUUUGCCAAAGUGCUCUGUUUUAAAAAGUGAUGCAAACAUAUUCUCAAGCCGGAAGAGAUCUAAAUGCAAUAAUGGGAGAUGAACUUGCAGGAAGUCCAUGAAGGGUAACUUGGGAGGACAUCAGUAUGCAGCAGCACUGGUAUCUAUUUCUGUGACUCUCUAAGAAUACAUAUUUAAGAUUAUACUUAGAUGUAUUCAAGCCUGAUUAAACUAUUUAGGAUUGGCAAAAUGUCAGAUGUCUCUACUGGAGGGGAUGUGGACAUAUGGAGACCCACCAUCAUGGGUGGUAGAGUUGCCGGUUGUUAAACCUGUGUAACGGAUACGAGAUUUUGUAGGGAAGGUCUUUUUUGCUAUCACAGCUUACAUUGGAAUUUUCCCGACAUUCUUAAAAAAAUCUAUGUUAAAAUCAUUCUUGCAGCUAGACGAACAUUAGUUGCAAACUGGCUGAAACUCCGAAUCGUUCUCCAUUACUUCAGUGUCUUUCUUCCUCUGCCCUUUUCUUUUUCACAUAUUAUUUUAAAUGUAUUUUUUGUUUUCUUUCUUUUACUUUUACCUUUUGUUUCAGUAUGUUGUGAAAAUUGACAGGAUUUUUUAACUGUUUAUCAGUAUAUCAGAGCUUUUGACAGUAAGUUAGCCAAGAUGGAAUCACUCAUUCCCAGAAUGGAGCUAAGAACAGCAGUGCGGUUUUCUACAUUUCAUUUUAUUUUGUUAUGUCAUUAUCAUAAACAUUCUGGGAAGUGACAUCACCCAUGUAAAAGCCUUUGUAACACAAUUUAGUUUUUUGAUUGCUUUUAAGAAAAAUAGCCAAUAGCAAUAGAGAAUAGUAUAGUUAGUGUACUCAAAUGAUACGCACGUGCUUAACUAAUUUAUUGUGAUUUUGAAGUAUUGUGACUCUUAAGAUUAUUAACCAAUUGUUCCUAUACACGUUCCUGUGUGCUAAUAUAUUGUGAUGAUUGAUGCAUUUGCUUUAAUUGAAAUAAAAGUUAUUGCAUUUUUUUGUGUUAAA